AUGAUGGCCACUCAGAGUGCUCCUCCACCAUCGUACCAGGAGAGCCAACAGGUCAGUACACCACUAGUGGUCAGCUCAGAGUUGGGGUCCAAUUUGUUCAUUCAAGAAAUCGAUUGAAAUUCAGUUAAUCAAUUGAAAAAUCCUGACACAAAACAUUUCAGUCUCUUAUUUGUCUUUAGUCAAAUGAACUUCCAAACAAACAUUGUUAUAAGAGUUUGAAGUAGAGGCUACCCCAAACUGCAGAUCUAGGACACAUGCGGCCGGUGGCACCUUAAUUGUGGAGGACGGGCUCAAAGUACAGUAAUGGCUGGAACAGAAUAAAUGGAAUGGUAUCGAACACAUCAAACACGUGUUUGAUACCAUUCCAUCCAUUAUUAUAAGCCGUACUCCCAUCAGCAGCCUCCUGUGAACUAGGACUUACCUUACCUCAAUCUCAACCAUCGUCAUUAGGAGACAAUAUGACCUUAGACCAACAGUUCAACCUCAACCUCAUCCUAGCUAUGCAGCAUCCUAGAGAAGGAAGUAGAGCAGGUUUGCCAGAGCACCUCACCACUCCCCUCCUUGUCUCCUCUCUACUACUCUCUUCUUGCACACAGAGGAUUAGUGCCAGGGGAGAUUUCCCGAGCCGCAGUCAGCGCUGGCAACAAAAUGCAAAUGAGAGCUAGUUAAGUGUGAAGAAGCUAAUUUAUUUCCCAUUUGGAGCUGGGAUUAAGACUUGAAGCUUCCUCCCAACACAGAUGGGGGUGGGGUAAGGGGGGAGUGGAGGGGGGAGGAGGGGCCUCAUUUCCUUCUCUCCAAAGGCUGUAGGGGAGAGAGAGGAGGAAGGGGAAGAAAGAGAGAGAGGUGGGGGUAGGGGACCAACACAAUUGAAGAGAGGCAUUGUACACAUCCAGACCAUCACAUCACAGUAACACGCUCAUCUGUCAUAGGCCUUGUAGAAAGAUCAAGCCAGUUGUCUAUCCACUCUCAUGUAGUUCACAGAAUCUGAUAAGCUGUGUGUCUGCACGCUAGAGAUAAGAUAGUGGAACACAAACCCAGUCUUCUAAGUCAAAAGCCUAGUCAAAAGAGGGCUAAUGCACAUACAGAUCUGGGACCAGGGCUACCAGUCUAUGUAGUUCACUGUGGUUCUGGGUUAGCUGAUGCACAAACAGAUCUGGGACCAGGCUACCAUUCUAUGUAUCGUAGUUCACUGUGGUUCUGUUUGCUGUGCCCUCAGAUGACAGGCAUCACCCAACAGAACUCCAAGGUCCAGCAGGUCCACAUCCCAGCAUCCUCAGCAGCUGGGAACAUUCCUGUCAGUGUGACCCUUGACCCCCAGGCCCAGCUGGAGUCAGACAAGCGGGCCGUCUACAGGUAAGACGUGGUCUCAAAACAUACAUUUACAAUGUAAAGCUCUUUGUGCUAUACUGUAAAUUCUCUCUGUUAAUUCAGCAAACCUUUCCAAAAAGUGGUAAGGCAAAACUCCUUUGAACAAACCUUGAGAAGGAUCAGGCAUUGAAGGGAACACCUGUCCUCUUCUGUUUGGUUGGUUUAACACACACGCAAGCACGCACACACACACACACUCCCAAUGCUAUGGUAAGACUGAGCACAACGACGGUUGGUUUUCUCAAUUUUCAAGCACUUUAUUUGUGGAGCUUCUGAAUGGUACAUACAGUUCCAUGUUAGGAAUGCUUUUUUAAAGUGCAUUAUUGCAAUUAAGAAUUCCUUGUAAGCAAGGGUGUCAGGCACCCAUUAUUUUAUAGGGGGCAAGAAGUACGUAAGAAUGGAGUUGGGGUGGUUGGAGAAUUUGGCAUUUUCAAACACCUGAAACAGCUUUUCUCCUGCAAUCUACAGCCAUAAUCAUUAUGCCUAAUUCUAUGUAAAAAAUAUGUCUAUUUGUCUGCAUAUGUUAUCCAAGCAUAUCUCUUUACCUGUUUAAUUGUCAUUUUAAUGAGGGUGCCAUUCUGACUGUUGUAAAUCACAUAUCUUAAUACUGUAUACUGCACUACCAUGCCUAUGAUAUUACAUUCACAUUACAACACAGUACAUGGGAUCAUAACACACAUCAUCAAUACAGGAACAUAUCAUAUCAUAAUUAAUACACAAAAUAUCAUGAUAUUAUCAUAAGGUGCCAGAUUACAUUUAAACCAAGUAUUUUUCUGUAUAUCUAAGUUUACCUCUUGAGCUGUCUGUAUCCUCCUGACUGGUGGUUCUUUGAAAAAAAAACGUAAUAUGCUUCUCUGCAUCUCUGCAAAAAUCUGGGUAAAAGGUUGAAAGGAAUGUGAGUCUUAUUCAGUACAUUUAGUUAUUGCUUUGCUUUUCUAAAGUCUACCAGCCUUGCCAGCUGUCACGCUCUGGCUCCGGGACUGUGUAGUUUGAGCCAGGGUGUAUUCAUUUGGUUGUGUUGGGUAUAGGGUGUGUUCAUUUGGUUGUGUUUGGUUUUGGUUGUAGUGUAUUGUCUCGUCAUGUGACUCCCAAUCGGAGGUAACGAGUGUCAGCUGUCGGCUCGUUAUCUCUGAUUGGGAGCCAUAUUUAAACUGUCAGUGUUCACCUUAGGGUUGUGGGUUUUUGUUCCAUGUUUCAGUCUGUGUACUGAGGACUUCACUAUCCGUCAUUGUUUAUUGUUUUCUCGUUCGUGCACUUUAACGUUAAUAAAGUCAUGUUCGCUACAAACGCUGCGCUUUGGUCCACUCCUUCCGUAGACGGUCGUGACAGAAAAACCCACCAAAGAAGGACCAAGCAGCGUGUCCAGGAGCAAGGAGACUGGACAUGGGAGGAAGCGCCGGGUAAGGAGAUCGAGAGGCUGGCGAUGGCCCAGGUGGGCAAAUCGUGGUCCUGGGAGGACAUGCUCGGGGGCAAGGGACCUUGGGGGAGGAUCAAGGCCCUGGCGAGAGAGGAGCAACGGCGUCAGCAGGGCCAUCGUCGGAAGGACGAGAGGCAACCCCAAAAAGUUUUUGGGGGGGGGCACAUGGCUUGGGCGGCUGGGCAGCAGGAGGCUGCCACAGGGAGACGUGGAGAGAAGGCUACCGGAUUACGGGAGCCAUUGGCGAGUAGAGGGAGGGAAGUAGUGGAGGCACGGCGUGAGAGACUGAGGUGUGUUACCAGUCCGGUCCGGCCCGUUCCUGAUCCCCGGUUAAGGCCAGUGGUGUGUGUUCCCAGUAUGGACCGGCCUGUUCCUACUCCACGCACCAAGUCCACGGUGUGCGUCGACAGCCCUGUCCGGCCUGUUCCUGCUCCACGUACCAGACCUACGGUGUGCGUCGCCAGCCCAGCCCGGCCUGUUCCUGCUCCACGCACUAAACCUACGGUGUGCGUCGCCAGCCCAGCCCGGCCUGUUCCUGCUCCACGCACAAAGCCUACGGUGUGCGUCGACAGCCCUGUCCGGCCUGUUCCUGCUCCACGUACCAGACCUGCGGUGUGCGUCGCCAGCCCAGCCCGGCCUGUUCCUGCUCCACGCACUAAACCUACGGUGUGCGUCGCCAGCCCAGCCCGGCCUGUUCCUGCUCCACGCACUAAACCUACGGUGUGCGUCGCCAGCCCAGCCCGGCCUGUUCCUGCCACCCGCACCAAGUCUACGGUGCGCGUCGCCAGCCCGACCCGGCCUGUUCCUGCCACUCGCACCAAACCUACGGUGCGCGUCGCCAGCCCGGUCCGGCCUGUUCCUGCCACCCGCACCAAGUGUACGGUGUGCGUCGCCAGCCCGACCCGGCCUGUUCCUGCCACUCGCACCAAACCUACGGUGCGCGUCGCCAGCCCGACCCGGCCUGUUCCUGCCACUCGCACCAAACCUACGGUGCGAGUCGUCAGCCUGGUCCAGCCCGUUCCUGCUACUCGCACCAAGCCAAGGGUGCGAGUCGUCAGCCUGGUUCAGCUCGUCCCUGCUACUCGCACCAAGCCAAGGGUGCGAGCCGUCAGCCUGAUCCAGCCCACUCCUGCUACUCGCACCAAGCCAGGGAUGCGAGUCGUCAGCCUGGGGAGGCCCGUUCCGGCUCCACGCAUCAAGCCUAGGGUGCGUUUCGUCGGCCCUGUCCGGCCCGUUCCUGCUCCCCGCACCAGGUCUGUGGUGCGUGUCGUCAGCCCUGUCCGGCCCGUUCCUGCUCCCCGCACCAAGUCUGUGGUGCGUUUCGUCAGCCCUGUCCGGCCCGGUCCCGCUCUCCGCACCAAGUCAAGGGUGCGCUUCGUCAGCCCGGUCCGGCCCAUUCCUGCUCCCCGCGCCAAGGCAGUGGUGCGCGUCGUCAGCCUGGUAAGGCCCGUUCGUCCUCCACGCACCAAGCCAGGGGCGCGUGUCGUCAGUCCGGCUCCGGCCAGCGGGGCUAGACAGGACCAGGGGUACUUUGGGGGGUUGGAGAGGAGGUGGGGAUCAAGGCCGGAGCCAGAGCCACCGCCGAGGAGGUAUGCCCGCCCAGCCCUCCCUUGUUUAGCCCGUAUUGAGGCGCGGUCGCAGUCCGCGCCUUUAGGGGGGGGUACUGUCACGCUCUGGCUCCGGGACUGUGUAGUUUGAGCCAGGGUGUAUUCAUUUGGUUGUGUUGGGUAUAGGGUGUGUUCAUUUGGUUGUGUUUGGUUUUGGUUGUAGUGUAUUGUCUCAUCAUGUGACUCCCAAUCGGAGGUAGCGAGUGUCAGCUGUCGGCUCGUUAUCUCUGAUUGGGAGCCAUAUUUAAACUGUCAGUGUUCACCUUAGGGUUGUGGGUUUUUGUUCCAUGUUUCAGUCUGUGUACUGAGGACUUCACUAUCCGUCAUUGUUUAUUGUUUUCUCGUUCGUGCACUUUAACGUUAAUAAAGUCAUGUUCGCUACAAACGCUGCGCUUUGGUCCACUCCUUCCGUAGACGGUCGUGACACCAGCAGGCAUGCCAGCUAAGAUAGUUAGACAAGCUCGUCUCUGGAUUGAUAGUCUGAAAUGGCUUGGUUUCUAGUUAUGAGGUUGGGAGAUUGGGAACAUAUCUAGCUGGCUAGCUAAAGCCAACUUCAUGAAAUUGCUAGGUGGCUAGUAUUACAGAGGAACAACAAAACAUUAAAUGUAUUCAUCAAGAAGAAAUCAAUAGGCUACAUAGCUUGAUCAAAUGAAUUUACAAACAUACCUCCUGCAAGUCCUGCAGCUAUCACUGGCACCUAAAAUAAAAUAAAAUGCUGUGUGUCACUCUGCACUCUCUUUCUCGCUCCGUGGUGCACCUCGGAAGGAACCACUUACUACUGAGAAUAGGGUACUCAUUGCCUGUUCCAGUCAGUGUGCCCCCUCCCCAAAAUACCGUUGACAGAUAUUUUUAUAAAUAAUUAUGAUAAAACAUGGGCUUAAAAAUGUAUUAGUAAUUAAUUUAACAUUAACAUUAAUUUAACAUCUGACAAAUUUCAAAACAGGACAAAUCUGAGGGGGCAGGUGCCUUUGUGCCCCCUAUGGGCAUAUGACGCCACUGUUCUUUAUGACAGAAUGUAUUUUAAAUUAAAACAAAAAAAAUUUUUACAAGCCUCUGCUUGUAAGAGUAAUGAAGGGAAUAGACAUUUGCUGCCAACUGAAAACUAAACAUAGAUUCUGAAAAGCACCCUCCUCUCCCAACUCAUCACUUGAAUAUGAAUGUACUUUCAUAAUGGGCUAAUAUUAUCUAUUUAUGAACUAAAUUAUUCACAGAACACAUCAUUUUUUUUAUAUGUUCAGCAAUCUCAGAGUGAGAAAUCAUGCUCCAGCAACAAACCACUAGUUAUGUGCUACCAAGAAACAUUUAUAUUCUCCCCUAUACCGUCUUUAGCAAACUCUAGGAUGACACUACAUACUCUUUGCACGGCUCGCUGUCCUGGCUCCUUGGCGCUCCCCUAGUGUGGUUAUCUACUGCUCUUGUCUGAGUGUGCUCUUGGCCCUUGGUUGGCUGCUCAGGCCCCUUAGGCGAGUGCUGUGAAGGCCUCGCCAAGCCUGGGGCUGAAUUUCUAAGCUCCUCUGAGAUACAAGGCUUCUCUUUGAUGUGAGCAGCCGGCCUGAAGGGGGCUGUUGGCGCUGAAAAAGACAGACUCAGCCCCAGCCCUUUGCUGCCUGAUCACUCACUACAGUUCCCUCCUGAAAACACACACUCACAGGUGGGCUCGCCAUCGUGCUCACACACACAUGCAUGCACGCACGCACACAAAUGGAUGUACUGUAUAUGCAUGCACAUAUACAUACGCACACACACACGUACAUGAAGACACACACACAUACACACACACACACACACACACACACACAGCUAACCCUACCACUUGAGGGGUAUGAAACUGAAAGCAAAGGGGCUUCAAAACGUUGCCUUUUCAUCCUCUCCGACACUUCUAAAUAUUCUUACAACGUUCUAAACAUCCACAGACAAAGCAGACAGCUUCCUGUCUUCCUCUAUAUUGAUCAUCUCCUGUAGUGCGCUCACACCAUGCAGCAGCACAACACUCAACACAUGCUACUGCAAUGUCAAAAGCUAAUUCGACAGACAUUGAAUACAGUAUAACUAGUCAUUUUUGGUUAAAUCAAAUCAGAGAUGAACAGACUCUGUGCCAAUUGAUGAACAAAUUGUUGGAAACCUUCUUGGAUUAAAGACAGAAUGCUCCCAUCUUUGUUUUUGUUUUCUGAUUUGGAUGGCCUUGAUGACAACAUACUGUGCUAUCAUUAAUAAAAGACUGUUAUACACAACUUUAAAGCAUGUCUCUUAAUUAUUACCGGCGGAAUCAACGUGUGAUAGUUGUAAUCUCUGAAGACCAUCCAGUUUUGAUUUCUAUUUGCCAUGUAUUUUUCAACUGUGCUGUUUCACAAAAGUUCUGAACCUAUAUAAAAAUUUUACGGACACAGUAUAAUUUACAUUAGUUAUCUUGUUAUUAACCCUUCAGCUCCACUCAACCCCUCCCAUCUAGCUCUGAACACCAUCCAGUUUGGAUUUAUAAUUGCCAUAUAUUUUUCAACUGUGCUGUGAUGUGUCACAAAAAUUCUGAACCUUUCUACUCUCAUAGAUUGUCAAUGUAAGAUAAACGUUUUUGCUAGGAGUAUUAUUAUAUUAUUGAUAAAUUGACUAUGACUUUUUAAAUCACCCAGCAGUGCUGUUUGCAGAGUUAGCUCCAGGUAAAUGUUACAAUUCUUCAGCCACUCCUGAACAUGCGACCAAAAACAAGCUACAUAUGGACAGUACCAAAAUAAAUGAUCUAAUGAUUCUGUCUCUUCGCAGCAAAAUCUGCAGAGCUGGGAUGGUUGUAUCCCUCAUAUACUGUAUAUAACAUUCUAUUGGUUGCAAGAAUUUUGUAUAAUAAUUUAAACAGAAAAAUUAUAUGUUUUGAAUCCAGCGUCGUUUUGUGUAUCAGUUCAUAAACCAUGUGCCAUGGAAUCGGUACAUUUAAAUCUCUUCCCAACUAUUUUGCAAUCUACAGUGGGGAAAAAUAGUAUUUAGUCAGCCACCAAUUGUGCAAGUUCUCCCACUUAAAAAGAUGAGAGAGGCCUAAAAUGUUCAUCAUAGGUACACGUCAACUAUGACAGACAAAUUGAGGAAAAAAAAUCCAGAAAAUCACAUUGUAGGAUUUUUAAUGAAUUUAUUUGCAAAUGAUGGUGGAAAAUAAGUAUUUGGUCACCUACAAACAAGCAAGAUUUCUGGCUCUCACAGACCUGUAACUUCUUCUUUAAGAAGCUCCUCUGUCCUCCACUCGUUACCUGUAUUAAUGGCACCUGUUUGAACUUGUUAUCAGUAUAAAAGACACCUGUCCACAACCUCAAACAAUCACACUCCAAACUCCACUAUGGCCAAGACCAAAGAGCUGUCAAAGGACACCAGAAACAAAAUUGUAGACCUGCACCAGGCUGGGAAGACUGAAUCUGCAAUUGGUAAGCAGCUUGGUUUGAAGAAAUCAACUGUGGGAGCAAUUAUUAGGAAAUGGAAGACAUACAAGACCACUGAUAAUCUCCCUCGAUCUGGGGCUCCACGCAAGAUCUCACCCCGUGGGGUCAAAAUGAUCACAAGAACGGUGAGCAAAAAUCCCAGAACCACACGGGGGGACCUAGUGAAUGACCUGCAGAGAGCUGGGACCAAAGUCACAAAGCCUACCAUCAGUAACACACUACGCCGCCAGGGACUCAAAUCCUGCAGUGCCAGACGUGUCCCCCUGCUUAAGCCAGUACAUGUCCAGGCCCGUCUGAAGUCCAGCCCCAAAACAUCACUGCUCUAGAGGAGAUCUGCAUGGAGGAAUGGGCCAAAAUACCAGCAACAGUGUGUGAAAACCUUGUGAAGACUUAAAGAAAACGUUUGACCUGUGUCAUUGCCAACAAAGGGUAUACAACAAAGUAUUGAGAAACUUUUGUUAUUGACCAAAUACUUAUUUUCCACCAUAAUUUGCAAAUAAAUUCAUAGAAAAUCCUACAAUGUGAUUUUCUGGAUUUUUUUUCUCAUUUUGUCUUUCAUAGUUGACGUGUACCUAUGAUGAAAAUUACAGGCCUCUCUCAUCUUUUUAAGUGGGAGAACUUGCACAAUUGGUGGCUGACUAAAUACUUUUUUUCCCCACUGUAUAUGGCACAGCUGUCAAUUUUUUGUCAAAAAUUAAACUGGUAUACUUUUUUAUUUAUCAACAUUUUCUUUAACCAAUUUUGGUCUUUAAUGCAGGGCCGACAGACAAGUUCCUUACUUUCUCCCCCUUCCACUUGCCUCUUCCAUUUUUUUGGUAAUUCUGCAAUUAGUUGGUUGUAAUUUUGAGAAGAACAGACAUUUCCAUAUGUUUUUGUUAGCUGCAUGUGUGACAUAACUCCACCGGUCCUAUUUAUGAUAUCCUUUACAAAGAUUAUACCGUUUGUAAACAUUUUUUCCAAGAAUAUUGUAUUUUUUAUCAAUUAGUAUAUUUGAGUUUAACCAUAUUAUUUAUUGUAAUAUUUGUUCUCUUUUCUGGUGGAUUAAACUGACAUUGCAACCAACCUUCUAUGGCGAUAUUUUGGAGAUUAUUUCAUUUUCAAAUAACCGAAAGUGAGAGGUUGUAAUCUGAGUAAAGGGAAAAAGGCCAUGCUAGAACAUGGGGUGAGACAUUCUUAAUAAUCUGCAAGAGAACCAGUUUGGAUUUAAGUAUAACUUUUGUAUGACUGAAGCCUUUAGCUAAUUGCCUGGAUAGUGAGUUUGUUGCGUGUGGAAGAGCUGUCUAGAUCUUCUAUUCUCUUUGACGAGUCGUCUCUUAAUUACUACCAGUGGAAUCAACUUGUGAUAGUUAUAAUUAGCCUAACGAGUUACGAACCUUCUGAUGAAGAAGCGCUGGAUUGGGCUUGUCUUAUUAACGGGCUAGCAGGGGGUCUGUUUUCCAGCUGUCUCUCCACUAUGCCGAACUGAUGGAGGUUCCUCCCACUUUUAGAUGGAAACACGUCGGCGGUUGAACGAGAGGUGUUUUUUAAUUUGUUGUGUUUGUAAAUGUCUUUGUGAUUUUAUAAGUGAAAUGUGGGUUUGGGAGAAUUUAGCUAUAUUGUUUUGAUUUGUAAAAAAAGAAAAAAAUAUUAACUAUUUGUUUGCUUGUUUUCAAGGAAAACAGGAACGUACAGUUGAAGUCAGAAGUUUACAUACACCUUAGCCAAAUACAUUUAAACUCUGUUUUUCACAAUUCCUGACAUUUAAUCCUAGUAAAAAUUCCCUGUCUUAGGUCAGUUAGGAUCACCACUUUAUUUUAAGAAUGUGAAAUGUCAGAAUAAUAAUAAUCAGCUUUUAUUUCUUUCAUCACAUUCCCAGUGGGUCAGAAGUUUACAUACACUCAAUUAGUAUUUGGUAGCAUUGCCUUUAAAUUGUUUAACUUGGGUCAAACGUUUAACUUGGGUAGCCUUCCACAAGCUUCCCACAAUAAGUUGGGUGAAUUUUGGCCCAUUCCUCCUGACAGAGCUGGUGUAACUGAGUCAGGUUUGUAGGCCUCCUUGCUCGCACACGCUUUUUCAGUUCUACCCACAGAUUUUCUAUAGGAUUGAGGUCAGGGCUUUGUGAUGGCCACUCCAGUACCUUGACUUUGUUGUCCUUAAGCCAUUUUGCCACAACUUUGGAAGUACGCUUGGGGUCGUUGUCCAUUUGGAAGACCCAUUUGCGACCAAGCUUUAACUUCCUGACUGAUGUCUUAAGAUGUUGCUUCAAUAUAUCCACAUAAUUUUCCUUCCUCAUGAUGCCAUCUAUUUUGUGAAGUGCACCAGUCCCUCCUGCAGCAAAGCAUCCCCACAGCAUGAUGCUGCCACCCCCGUCCUUCACGGUUGGGAUGGUGUUCUUCGGCUUGCAAGGGCCCCCUUUUUCCUCCAAACAUAACGAUGGUCAUUAUGGCCAAACAGUUCUAUUUUUGUUUCAUCAGACCAGAGAACAAAAAGUCCAAAAAGUGCAAUCUUUGUCCCCAUGUGCAGUUGCAAACCGUAGUCUGGCUUUUUUUAUGGCGGUUUUGGAGCAGUGGCUUCUCCCUUGCUGAGCAGCCUUUCAGGUUAUGUCGAUAUAGGACUCAUUUUACUGUGGAUAUAGAUACUUUUGUUCCUGUUUCCUCCUGCAUCUUCACAAGGUCCUUUGCUGUUGUUCUGGGAUUGAUUUGCAUUUUUCGCACCAAAGUACGUUAAUCUCUAGGAGACAGAACGCGUCUCCUUCCUGAGCGGUAUGACGGCUGCGUGGUCCCAUGGUGUUUACGCUUGCGUACUAUUGUUUGUACAGAUGAACGUGGUACCUUCAGGCAUUUGGAAAUUCCUCCCAAGGAUGAACCAGACUUGUGGAGGUCUACAAUUUUUUUUCUGAGGUCUUGGCUGAUUUCUUUUGAUUUUCCCAUGAUGUCAAGCAAAGAGGCACUGCAUUUGAAGGUAGGCCUUGAAAUACAUCCACAGGUACACCUCCAAUUGACUCAAAUGAUAUCAAUUAGCCUAUCAGAAGCUUCUAAAGCCAUGACAUCAUUUCUGGAAUUUUCCAAGCUGUUUAAAGGCACAGUCAACUUAGUGUAACUUCUGACCCACUGGAAUUGUGAUACAGUGAAUUAUAAGUGAAAUAAUCUGUCUGUAAACAAUUGUUGGAAAAAUUACUUGUGUCAUGCACAAAGUAGAUGUCCUAACCGACUUGCCAAAACUGUAGUUUGUUAACAAGAAAUUUGUGGAGUGGUUGAAAAACUAGUUGUAAUGACUCCAACCUAAGUGUAUAUAAACUUCCGACUUCAAUUGUGUCUCACAGAAUCAAUGUGCCAACUAUUUUUGCGUUCUUGGGUUAUUGAGAUAUUGAGGUACAGUAUGUAUAGGGCUCUGUUCUGUACAUUAAGAAACUAAUGUACGUGCCAUAAAGUUGAAACCUACGUAAUGGUUGACAAAAUGGACCACUCUGUUUCACACAAAAGUCCCAUAUUUGUCAUACAUCUUACAUCUCAAAAUGGAGAGCAAACAGCCUUACAUGCUAUAACAUGCUUAUUUUCAACAGUAAAUAAAUAUAUGUUUUCCUUUCCCUUGACAUUGGUGCCAAUGCCAUCCUUUUUUAAACUGGCCCAAAUUGCAGUAUGUGGUGUAUUAUCAUUUAUUCUCCUCCGUAGUGGGUCUGUGCUGAAAGCUUCUCUUCUGCUGGUCCACCCGAGUGUUUUGCAUUGAGACCGGAUUUAGAACACUGUGUAUGUGGGAUUGUGUGUGUGUGUUUGGUGUGCAUGUGUGCAUGUGUGGAUGGGGGGAUAUCAACACACAGUCACGCUGGCACUUAUUGAAGUCCAGUAGAUGUACGGAUUCACAGGGAAGAGAGGAAUGAGAGAAUACAGUGGGGAAAAAAGUAUUUAGUCAGCCACCAAUUGUGCAAGUUCUCCCACUUAAAAAGAUGAGAGAGGCCUGUAAUUUUCAUCAUAAGUACACGUCAACUAUGACAGACAAAAUGAGAAGGAAAAUUCCAGAAAAUCACAUUGUAGGAUUUUCUAUGAAUUUAUUUGCAAAUUAUGGUGUAAAAUAAGUAUUUGGUCAAUAACAAAAGUUUCUCAAUACUUUGUUAUAUACCCUUUGUUGGCAAUGACACAAGUCAAACGUUUUCUGUAAGUCUUCACAAGGUUUUCACACACUGUUGCUGGUAUUUUGGCCCAUUCCUCCAUGCAGAUCUCCUCUAGAGCAGUGAUGUUUUGGGGCUGUCGCUGGGCAACACAGACUUUCAACUCCCUCCAAAGAUUUUCUAUGGGGUUGAGAUCUGGAGACUGGCUAGGCCACUCCAGGACCUUGAAAUGCUUCUUACGAAGCCACUCCUUCGUUGCCCGGGCGGUGUGUUUGGGAUCAUUGUCAUGCUGAAAGACCCAGCCACGUUUCAUCUUCAAUGCCCUUGCUGAUGGAAGGAGGUUUUCACUCAAAAUCUCACGAUACAUGGCCCCAUUCAUUCUUUCCUUUACACGGAUCAGUCGUCCUAAUAAUAAUAAUAUUAAUAAUAAUAAUAUACCAUUUAGCAGACGCUUUUAUCCAAAGCGACUUACAGUCAUGCGUGCAUACAUUUUUUGUGUAUGGGUGGUCCCGGGGAUCGAACCCACUACCUUGGCGUUACAAGCGCCGUGCUCUACCAGCUGAGCUACAGAGGACUUAUUUUCCACCUUCCUGGUCCCUUUGCAGAAAAACAGCCCCAAAGCAUGAUGUUUCCACCCCCAUGCUUCAUAGUAGGUAUGGUGUUCUUUGGAUGCAACUCAGCAUUCUUUGUCCUCCAAACACGACGAGUUGAGUUUUUACCAAAAAGUUAUAUUUUGGUUUCAUCUGACCAUAUGACAUUCUCCCAAUCCUCUUCUGGAUCAUCCAAAUGCAUUCUAGCAAACUUCAGACGGGCCUGGACAUGUACUGGCUUAAGCAGGGGGACAGGUCUGGCACUGCAGGAUUUGAGUCCCUGGCGGCGUAGUGUGUUACUGAUGGUAGGCUUUGUUACUUUGGUCCCAGCUCUCUGCAGGUCAUUCACUAGGUCCCCCCGUGUGGUUCUGGGAUUUUUGCUCACCGUUCUUGUGAUCAUUUUGACCCCACGGGGUGAGAUCUUGCGUGGAGCCCCAGAUCGAGGGAGAUUAUCAGUGGUCUUGUAUGUCUUCCAUUUCCUAAUAAUUGCUCCCACAGUUGAUUUCUUCAAACCAAGCUGCUUACCUAUUGCAGAUUCAGUCUUCCCAGCCUGGUGCAGGUCUACAAUUUUGUUUCUGGUGUCCUUUGACAGCUCUUUGGUCUUGGCCAUAGUGGAGUUUGGAGUGUGACUGUUUGAGGUUGUGGACAGGUGUCUUUUAUACUGAUAACAAGUUCAAACAGGUGCCAUUAAUACAGGUAAUGAGUGGAGGACAGAGGAGCCUCUUAAAGAAGAAGUUACAGGUCUGUGAGAGCCAGAAAUCUUGCUUGUUUGUAGGUGACCAAAUACUUAUUUUCCACCAUAAUUUGCAAAUAAAUUCAUAAAAAAUCCUACAAUGUGAUUUUCUGGAAAAAAAAUUCUCAAUUUGUCUGUCAUAGUUGACGUGUACCUAUGAUGAAAAUUACAGGCCUCUCUCAUCUUUUUAAGUGGGAGAACUUGCACAAUUGGUGGCUGACUAAAUACUUUUUUCCCCCACUGUAUGUGUGUUAGCACGCACCACUUGUGUGUGUGUGUGUGUGAGUGUGUGUGUGUGUUAGCACGCACACGCAUGUGUUUCCAUAGAGCAAAGACUUUGAGGCGCGGCAGCGAGGCAACGGCAUCCCAUAUCAUACACGGCGGGAAUGCUUUAAAUUUGACAGGGCACUGGGAUGGGGUACGCCAUGCAGGCUGUCUGCUCUUGGGCCUCUGUAAUGCACCAUAAAGUCUGUUUACCAUCGCCGCUGUGAAGCUCUCGCUGCCAUUUCGGCUCCCAUCGGCUCCCGACAUCCUAACGACCAGCACUGUUUGAUGGCACAAAGCUAGACUCUUGUGUUCUUUUAAAAGGCUUCCCUUCGAGAGGUUAGCUGCCUGGCGCUAAAUUGCCACAAGACGGAGGAGUUAGAGGAGUUUGUGUCGGAGCCAUGUGGUUUAUUGGCUCGGUCAGUCCAAUAUCUGGUUGUUUUUUAUGAGGUUUUUGCCAUUUUACUUGACUGAGGUGGAGAGAGGAAGGGCUGUAGGAUAUUUGUGAGGGAGGUUAACCAGCGAUGUUAACUUCAAAAUUGUUAUGGAUACAGAGAACUUGUGGAAAUUUUUGUUAACGUCAGAUAAUCUAGGUAAUCCAAUGAUAAGAAUGACAAGAACUUUGAUAUAGGUACUUUUGAAAGUAAGAAUCUUCAAUAACAGCUGAUAUGACUGAAUAGAUUCAAACUGACUGGACACUUUGAAUGGUGAAUACAGAGUACAGCUUGAAAGGAGUAACAUGGAAAGUGUACACUGGCUAAAAACUGGAUUGAUGACGGUGUCACGCUCUGAUGAUAGGAAGGUGAUACCAGCCCAUCUGCCUCCAUCUCCCAUGGGCCCACUUGCUCUCUACAAUCUGACUGUGACAGAGACUGACAAGGACAUAGGCAGACAUGCACACCCACACACACACACACACACACACACACACACACACACACACACACACACACACACACACUUCAGAUGUUCCAUACAGCAGACACUGCACCCUGUGCCAGCUUUGCCCAUCUACCCUGCAUUGCAGGUGAUGAAGGGAGGAUGGAUGAGGGAAGAAAGAGAAAGAGAGAGUAGGAGAGACAGAGAAAGGGGGUGGGUUGGGGGAAAGAGUGUGUGUGUGCCCCCUGCACAGGGUGUGCUUCAGACAUGUAGCCUGGGGGAGAGGGCCUUGUCAAGAGGAGACACAGCAUGGUUCCUGCCACAGACUGUGUUCUAAUAAAACGCCCGGGCAUACGGCAGGACUGAUUAGGAAGGCAAACAUGGUGAACAUACAGAAAGAGCCACCUCUCUCACCGCCUCCCUAUACCCAUCCCCCCUCCCUUGUCCCCUGGCUGGGCUGCCAAAAGCUCAGUGGCAGAGAAAAAAUAUGUGGAAUAGCAAAACAUGUUUGCUCUUUUGAGGGGAAGCACUGUUUUGUCCAAUUCCGGAAAUAAUAUGAUUUGAUGUUUUUCUGAGCAGAUUAUUUUUCUAUAUCUAAGGAAUAAAUAAAUCCCAGUUAUAAGUACAGAUCAAUAAGCCAAGACAUUUCAUCUCCAAAGUCACACUACUUUUGACCAUUAUAUAAAGUAGGUAAAUAGGGUGCCAUUUUCGACACACCCAAUGCCUUUGAUUUACCUAUGAUACAGCAGAAAAAUUGUCUGUUUUUUAUAAUCAUUCCCCAUCCUUCAUGUUUAAGUCAUCAUGUAUCCUGCACGUGUGAUUCAUGGAGGAACGUUUCGUUGUGGUGUUUUGUGGUGGCCCGGACGGUGCAGGAGGAGAGACUUUGUGCUUACUGACUCCCUACUCGCUCCCCCAUCCUGUAAAUGGCUCUUUUAUGGCCUGAGUAACGAUCCCCCCGUCGGCCAUCUCCACUCCGUCGCACUGCAGAUAGAGCCUGGCUGGUUUUUGGGUGCCCAAUGUGAUGGUGGUGGGUUGGGAGGUCCCACUCUAAUGCAGGCAGGCAUGGACACAUGCGCACAUGCACAUAUCUGACUUCCUCCACACACCUUAGGCUGUCCAGGUAAACAGUGUCCAUAUUAAGACAGCCUUAGUCUCAGCAGGACUUGUACAGGUAAAGUGUGUAUUCACCUCAGUCAGAUCCACUCACUGAUUUACCACUGUCUGUUCUAUGGAUGGGGGUUUUAAGUAAUUUCACUAUUUGAAUAGUAUCAUACAUUUUUGUCAGAUAUCCAGAUAUUCGAAAAACAUGUGCUUUUUAAAAACGUACAUUUCUAACCUGAGCACUGCUGCGCGAGGGAGAGGCUGGCGCUCUAUUGCUGCAGCUGUGGAGGGGGUGGUGUGUGUGAGAUGAGUGAGCUGAGCAGACAGAGGGAGAGAGAGACGCCAAGGCAACUCAGCUACAGCCAAGACUAGCUAACUUGUAGCAGCCACAAUGUUAUUUAUAAUCCCAUAUAUAUGGCCCCGUGUAGCUCAGUUAGUAGAGCAUGGCGCUUGCAACGCCAGGGUUGUGGGUUCGGUGGCCAGGGGGGUCAGUAUGAAAAUGUAUGCACUCACUAAAUGACUAAAAUGUAAAUGUAAUAUCAGUGCCUCUCUAGCUAGGCUAAUUGAGGCCACAUGCUGUGCUUUCUCCCCAACCCCAUUCAGAUAAAUCAACAGCCUACCUGUUGGUUGCUUACUCCUUCUCAUUUCGCUAACUUUUAAUUCCAAUUUACAUUACAUUAGGGAACUCUCACCCCACUUGUUACACACUGAGCCUCUUUGCCGCAUUGAUUUGCCAACAUAAACAAAAAGCUACACACAUGAAGGCUACCAGUCUUUUUAUUAAAUUAAUAAUUUAAAAUGUCAUGGUACAAUUUAGCGCCAGGCAGCUAACCUCUCGAAGGGAAGCCUUUUAAAAGAACACAAGAGUCUAGCUUUGUGCCAUCAAACAGUGCUGGUCGUUAGGAUGUCGGGAGCCGAUGGGAGCCGAAAUGGCAGCGAGAGCUUCACAGCGGCGAUGGUAAACAGACUUUAUGGUGCAUUACAGAGGCCCAAGAGCAGACAGCCUGCAUGGCGUACCCCAUCCCAGUGCCCUGUCAAAUUUAAAGCAUUCCCGCCGUGUAUGAUAUGGGAUGCCGUUGCCUCGCUGCCGCGCCUCAAAGUCUUUGCUCUAUGGAAACACAUGCGUGUGCGUGCUAACACACACACACUCACACACACACACACACAAGUGGUGCGUGCUAACACACAUACAGUGGGGGAAAAAAGUAUUUAGUCAGCCACCAAUUGUGCAAGUUCUCCCACUUAAAAAGAUGAGAGAGGCCUGUAAUUUUCAUCAUAGGUACACGUCAACUAUGACAGACAAAUUGAGAUUUUUUUUCUCCAGAAAAUCACAUUGUAGGAUUUUUCAUGAAUUUAUUUGGAAAUUAUGGUGGAAAAUAAGUAUUUGGUCACCUACAAACAAGCAAGAUUUCUGGCUCUCACAGACCUGUAACUUCUUCUUUAAGAUGCUCCUCUGUCCUCCACUCAUUACCUGUAUUAAUGGCACCUGUUUGAACUUGUUAUCAGUAUAAAAGACACCUGUCCACAACCUCAAACAGUCACACUCCAAACUCCACUAUGGCCAAGACCAAAGAGCUGUCAAAGGACACCAGAAACAAAAUUGUAGACCUGCACCAGGCUGGGAAGACUGAAUCUGCAAUAGGUAAGCAGCUUGGUUUGAAGAAAUCAACUGUGGGAGCAAUUAUUAGGAAAUGGAAGACAUACAAGACCACUGAUAAUCUCCCUCGAUCUGGGGCUCCACGCAAGAUCUCACCCCGUGGGGUCAAAAUGAUCACAAGAACGGUGAGCAAAAAUCCCAGAACCACACGGGGGGACCUAGUGAAUGACCUGCAGAGAGCUGGGACCAAAGUAACAAAGCCUACCAUCAGUAACACACUACGCCGCCAGGGACUCAAAUCCUGCAGUGCCAGACCUGUCCCCCUGCUUAAGCCAGUACAUGUCCAGGCCCGUCUGAUGUUUGCUAGAGUGCAUUUGGAUGAUCCAGAAGAGGAUUGGGAGAAUGUCAUAUGGUCAGAUGAAACCAAAAUAUUACUUUUUGUGUUUGGAGGACAAAGAAUGCUGAGUUGCAUCCAAAGAACACCAUACCUACUGUGAAACAUGGGGGUGGAAACAUCAUGCUUUGGGGCAGUUUUUCUGCAAAGGGACCAGGACGACUGAUCUGUGUAAAGGAAAGAAUGAAUGGGGCCAUGUAUCGUGAGAUUUUGAGUGAAAACAUCCUUCCAUCAGCAAGGGCAUUGAAGAUGAAACGUGGCUGGGUCUUUCAGCAUGACAAUGAUCCCAAACACACCGCCCGGGCAACGAAGGAGUGGCUUCGUAAGAAGCAUUUCAAGGUCCUGGAGUGGCCUAGCCAGUCUCCAGAUCUCAUCCCCAUAGAAAAUCUUUGGAGGGAGUUGAAAGUCUGUGUUGCCCAGCGACAGCCCCAAAACAUCACUGCUCUAGAGGAGAUCUGCAUGGAGGAAUGGGCCAAAAUACCAGCAACAGUGUGUGAAAACCUUGUGAAGACUUACAGAAAACGUUUGACCUGUGUCAUUGCCAACAAAGGGUAUAUAACAAAGUAUUGAGAAACUUUUGUUAUUGACCAAAUACUUAUUUUCCACCAUAAUUUGCAAAUAAAUUCAUAAAAAAAUCCUACAAUGUGAUUUUCUGGAUAUUUUUUUCUAAUUUUGUCUGUCAUAGUUGACGUGUACCUAUGAUGAAAAUUACAGGCCUCUCUCAUCUUUUUAAGUGGGAGAACUUGCACAAUUGGUGGCUGACUAAAUACUUUUUUCCCCCACUGUAUAUCCUUGAAUGUAAAAAUGUCACAUGGAUAUUUUAAUUUAGAAAAAGCCUUUUCAGUGUGUUAAAAUAGGCCUAUAAUUUUUUUGGGGGGCCCCAAAAUGAAUACUCAUACAACUAUUUGAAUACUAAUGUCCGUUCGGAUAUCCGAAUAUUUGAUUAACCAUGCACAUCUCUGGUCUGUUACAUAAGCAUGAAACCGUACAGCCUCCAUUCAAGCUAUGAGUAUAAAAAAUGAAAUGCUAUCAAUUCACACAGCUGGGGCUAAGGCGAUAUAUGCAUACAGAAGUACUGAAAUAGUGAACAUUAAAUCGAGUGAAACAAAAUGUGACACAUUAUAGAACUGAGAAACAUUUUCAUGUUAAUAAACAUGGUACAUUUACAUGCUCCGAGCUGAGCAGCUCAAUGAAAGUAAAACCAGGUAAAAGGUCCAAAACUACGUAAAAGGUUCAAAACCAGGAAAAAUGUCCAAAACCAGGAAAAAAUGUAAACAUCUGGAAAAAGGUGAAUCAAUGACUGUUAUAUGCCUGGAGCCUUACAGUACUGUUUAAUAAAUCCCUCUAAAAUAUGGAUUAAAUCAUGUAUUCACCAGUGGUGGAAAAAGUACCCAAUUGUCAUACUUGAGUAAAAGUAUAGAUACCUUAAUAGAAAAUAACUCAAGUAAAAGUGAAAAUCACCCAGUAAAAUACUACUUACAGUAAGUAAAAGUAUAGAAGUAUUUGGUUUUAAAUAUACUUUAGUAUCAAAAGUAAAUGUAAUUGCUAAAAUAUACUUAAGUAUCAAAAGUAAAAGUAUAAAUCAUUUAAAAUUCCUUAUAUUAAGUAAACCAGACGGCACCAUUUAUUUAUUUAUGGAUAGCCAGGGGCACACUCCAACACUCAGACAUCUUUACAAAUGAAGUAUAUGUGUUUAGUGAGUCCGCCAGAUCAGAGGCAGUAGGGAUGACCAGGGAUGUUCUCUUGAUAGGUGAAUUUGACAAUUGUCCUGUCCUGCUAAGCAUUCAACAUGUCACGAGUACAUUUGUGUGUCAAGAAAAAUGUGUGUAGUAAAAAGUACAUUAUUUUCUUUAGGAAUGUAAUGAAGUAAAAGUUAAAGUUUUCAAAAAUAUAAAUAGUAAAGUAAAGUACAGAUACCCCAAAAAACUACUUAAGUAGUACUCUAAAGUAUUUGUACUUAAGUACUUUACGCCACUGGUAAUUACUGCUAUUGUUUAUUAUUUCCUCCAUUGUUUGUCCUCAUACUGUGGUGUUGGAGGUGUGGGCAGUCAGCCAAUAAAACUUGCUGUGCAUACCCAUAAUAUCUAGGGUUAUUAGAAGAAGCCCCAUGGCAGGGGCGGACUGGGACAAGAAUUUGGCCCUGGCAUUUUAUCCACACCCGCCCACAUCUUUAUGUGCGCUAACUAAUAAAAGAGGCUAAUUUAUUUGGGGUUCAACACCUGAGGAGGUAUAAACUCAAAACACAUUAACUUGAUCAAAUAUCUUGGUUGUAAAAUAGUUGCUAUUGAGAUGAAUAUUGAGAGUUGAGAAAUAAAAAUGAUACCUACAGAAAGUUGAUAUCCUCCUCUCUUCGACAGGGACAAGGGGACGAAGCUUCCAAAGCUGUGUUUUUCCCGCAAUUUCAUUUUUUCUCUCGAGAGGAGAGUGCCUCGCUCAUCACAGCAGCAGGCCCCAGUGAAACAGGCACAGGGACUGGGCAGACACUUUCAUUACAGGAAUCAUGAGGAUAAUGCACUUUGACCAAAUCAUGGUUUUAGCCGCCCAAAAAUAGGAAGUUGUGUGCUCUUUCAGUUUAUCGCCACCAACUUUCAUUUUUUUACAAUCCAUGAUCCUGGCUGUCUAACUGAUGACAGAGUUGGAGCAGGUCUCUUUGCUGAUGCCACGUUUGACUUUGAAUGUGAGUUUACAUGACCUCAGCUUAGCCUAUCAAAAAACCGGUCUGGCCCAUCUUGGUAGAGGGGCCAGCCAUUGCCAUAGGCAAUGUCAAUUUUUUUAUUUGUGUGUGUGCCAAUAUUGACCAGCCCACCCAACAAAAAAAUGGUCCAGCCCUUCUGGCAUGUGCCAGAAUUGCCAGAUGGCCAAUCCACCCCUGCCACAUGGUGUCAUAUCUCCAUUAAACCAGUUUUUGGUGUGUGUCUGUGCGUUUACAGAGAACACCACUGAGGAAGGGCUAACAAACAUUCCACUCCAGGGUUGAAAAUCAUCACUAGUGAGAAAGGCAGCUGUUGGAAUCAACAACAUGAGAAAUUGCUAUAUUUAUCUCAUAAGAAAAUAACUGUCUACAACACUUAGAUUUAUUAGAUCAGCAGCAAGUGAAAUAAUUACUAGUCCAGUUGAACACCUGCCAUAGAAUAGGACCUGAAAAACAGGCCCUAAUUAACAUAAUACACCUUUGCAGACAGAGGGAGGAAGUGGUUGGCACUUAUACUGAACCCCCCCUCCGCCAUCACACACACAUACACACACAUGCACACACACACACACCCCAUGGACGAGGCCGUGGGGACUGCAGCUCGGUGGUCUGCGCAUGGCCACCUGUUUAGUAUUCGUCUCACGUCUGGCCGAGGGAGACGCGUUAAAUUGGGAUCAGGUAGAUUACAGUCUAAUAUAGCGGGCUAUUAAAGGCUUCAAAUGAGAGCCAUGGGUUAGAGCCAGAACAGAGGCCCACUCUCCCAGCAUCCUAGAGUAUCCCUGUGUGCUGCAUGCCUGCUUCCCUCCUACCUACCUACUCCCUCACGCCACCUACUCACACACACACACACUCAAGCAUGCAUGUACAUACGUAGAUGGAUUCAUGCAUGCAUACACGCAGGCACAGACCGACACACGCAUGUACACACACACACACACACACACACACAUACACACACACACACACACACACACACACACACACACACACACACACACACACACACACACACACACACAUGCACACACACGUACACACACACAGUGAUUAAGAAGUGAUUAAGAAGUGAUUGUUAUAUGGUGGGAAGAUUAGUGUUAGGACAGACAAACACACUAUCCCAGAUACACUUCCACACUCCAUCCCCCAGAUGGCAGCAACUGGGUUAAGGUGAUCAUCAGUCAUUGUCCCAGCUUGGAGAGCCUGCUGGUUUUGUUUGCUGGACAUAAGGCCUUCCGUUUGUUUUUGAGUCUUUAGUUUGGGAAGGCUUUUUGUAUUUGUUUCCUUUUUGUACAUAUUUAUGUUUUGUCACCCUCUGAACAAAUACCAAUCCGCUUGGACUGGCCGACCAAGAGAGACAGAGCUGGCCCUGGACCAAGGAAAGAUUGCCGUCUCCCUGGGCACAUGUGCAUCCAACACGGUCCUCAAACACUGAUUUCUCACGUAAAUACACACAUUCAUUCAGAUUAUAGACCAUGUAACUAGGCCUAGGACCCCUAGACAAAGUGAGUGCAAAAAUAUCUGUAGGCUAGUUGGGUUUCCUAACCAUAAGAAGUGAUUAAGAUGUUUUUUAAAUCUUCUGUUCUAUGUGAUUUGUUUUAGUCUUGUCCAGUCAAUUCUAUGCAAGUAUCAAUAAACUUUGCCAAUCUCUGUAAAUUCUGCCAAAACAUUGAUAUUAAUUUUCUCCUUUACAUUGAUACCAAUAAUAAAGAUACUGCAGUGAACAGACAUUAUUGCCUGAGUUGUAGAAGUUGGAACCAUUAUAUUAAACAGAGGGGGCUUUGCAGAUGGAUCAUUUCCAUAUCAUUCCCACUUAACGUCUUCAUAUUUACAUUUACGUCAUUUAGCAGACGCUCUUAUCCAGAGCGACGAACAGUUAGUGAGUGCAUACAUUUUCAUACUGGCCCCCCGUGGGAAACAAACCCACAACCCUGGCGUUGCAAGCGCCAUGCUCUACCAACUGAGCUACAGGGGACUAUUGAUUCACACCAUAACUAAAUGUCCUAGGCAACAUGAGAAAACUAUCCAAAUUAGGGUUACAAAACUUCCCCAAAAUCCCCAGGUUUUCAGAAUUCCUGGAUUGAAGAUUCCCAGAAUCAGAAGGGAAUAAGCAGGGUGUCAGAUAUCCUUCAACCACAAGUUCUGGAAAACCUGGGAAUUUUGGGAAAAUUACCAGAUUUUUACAACCCUAGUCCAAGCUAUUGAUAACACAGUGGCAGAUAAUUUCACUGGGCACACGUAAUUUCAACCUGGAAAUGUGGGUAAUAUUUGGUUGAGACGAUGAUCAAUAAGAUUUCAAACUUUAUUCACCAUUCAAAAGACAGGCAACAGUUAUUUAUUUUAUUUCGGUACUAUAGUUUGAAAACUAUACUUGAUUAAUAAUUAACUACAUUUAAGUAUUGCAGUGAAGUUGGGAACACAUUGCGAUCUGAUUUGACCAAAGCACACCAUGAAUUCAACAAGGAUUGCAACCAAUCCAUGAAGUGUGUUGAUUAGACGUUUAGAAGUAGUUGCCAUUUUGUGAUGUAGUCUUCUUUACAUUAAAUACGGAUAAGAGCCUGAGAUAAGAAUAUGAAAACAGACUAUCAACCAGGACCUUUGAUGUGGCACAUUCUUGAAAAGCACAAUACAAUUCUACUCAUGGUGCAAAAUGUAUCUUCCACUGAGGGUCUAUACUACUGUUAGCUAUUGUCAUUCUGUGUAACACAAUUAGAGCAGUGACCUCGAACAGCAUUGUGUAAACCUUUGUCCAUGUAAAAACUUUUUUUUGUCAGUCAAGAAUGGUUGAAAUGGGGAACAAGUGAUCAACUAUGUACAUACAUUCUGGUCAUGUCCAAAGUUGAAAGUGUGUUGGGAUUAUCUUUAUACAGCUUUAAAUUAGGUGUAACAUGUAGAAAUACCACAGCACUCCUUGGUGGCUAUCCUGGGGGUGAUUCCAGAGGGCAUAGAGGGAAGGGGUCAGAAUUAUAUUUUGUAGAUUUUGCUCACAGCAUUCCAAUUAAUUGGUUAAAACCCAACCCCCCAACAUAUGUAAAAGGUUGGGAGCUGUAUGAGAUGGAAGAAAUAACACAUUCACUUAGAUUAAAAAUACCUACAUUUAUUAAAAGAUGGAGCCCAGUAAUGAGACUAGUAACUGGGUGUCUUUUUCUAUUGCUCUUUUUGUUUAUAGUAAUGAUUAUCUCUGGCUGGAAAUGUGCCACCUUACAUAUUUUAACUUAUUUUAUCAUGUAGCAUGAACUAUACCAAUCUGUAUUAAUAUUUGUUUAUAUUCAUCUGCUUUAAAAAAAAUAAUUAACGAGUCAAAAUAAAAAAUAACAGUUGAAAUAAAUGUGUUGCACCACAAAAUAGAUGUACAAGCCAAAUAAAACAUAAUUUCUGGCACAGGCUUCUGGAAACACAGAUUAGAUAUACAAUAAACAAACAAAAAAAGCACUGUCGGAACAGGCUUUGAUGCUUUUAACUUCUUAAGAACUCUUUCAUCACCUUACUCAUUGGCCCUCCCACUGCCCCCCUUGCGGUCAGGUGCAUAUUUCAGGCAGAUUGACAUCACCUGUAGUAUUUCUGCCUCUGUAGCCUUUGAUUCGUCAAGACACACCUGCUGUAAAUGGGGAAAACAAAUAUUAGCUAGAGAAGGUAUUCAAAUGUCAUGAUUUGGACUCCACUGUACCUAUAAUGAGGCUGCAAAGGUUGGAGUUCUCUUCCCUUUGUUUCCUUUCAUAUUCAUCGUUGACAUGAGGCCAUUUGUCAGGGUUCUGUAUAUAUAUAAAAAAGUACUUUACAAGCAACACACCAUGACCUAUUUUUAAAGUGAAACAAACAUGAUAAUAGUUUACCGGUGCAUCUCUCUCUUUACCAAGUCCGGGAUGUCUUCCCCCCAGCUUUAGAUAUCUGUAAUUUUACAAAAGGACACUACUGCAUUACACAUGUACAGGAUUUUUUCAUCCAGUACUACAUGGCAAUAUAAUGUCAUUCAACUCAUACCAAUGAAACAUUUAAUUUCUCACCAUGUAUUUUAGAAAAUCAUUCUCCAUUAGCUGCUCUUCCAUCUUUAGUAAAUCUUCUGCCGUCUCGUUCAAGUUGAAUUCGAAUUCCUCAACCGGACUACGGUCCUUUAAAAGGUCACAGAUCUCACAAAGUAGAUACAGUAUACAGUAGGACUGUAGUUUUACAUUUGUUCACUUCCAAAUAUAACAGCAGGUAGCUUAGUGGUUAAUAGUGUUGUGCACAUAAACGAAAGGUCGCUGGUUCUAAUCCCUGAGCCGACUAGGUGAAAAAUCUGCCGAUGUGCCCUUGAGCAAGGCACUUAACUCUAAUUGCUCAUGUAAGUUGCUCUGAAUAAGAGCGUCUGCAAAAUGUAAAUAUUUUAAUAUAAUAAAAAAUUGUUUAAAAAGAAAUGUAUCAUACUUGCUUCCGUUAUAGGAAAAGGGUCUGAGCCUUUGCAGUGCUUUGGUGAGGGGGAUCUCUCAUCUGAAGAGGCAGAAGGAGAACUCUGUCUCCCACAUGACCUAUCCUUGGAGCAUGAAUGCUCAAGAUUCUUUGCUGUAAAAUAUUGGACAAUAUGGCAAUACUUGGUAGAAUUAGAAUACCUUUCCCAAAUACAUCGAUCAAGAAUGAGAAUAAGGGGUUUGCUUAUGUUGUGAAGGGUCCUCCUCACUAUAAUCCACACACUUGGUGGCUUGCAUGGUGUUUUAGUUUGCCAUUUUCCCUCACCACCAAUACUUGGUGGCUUGCAAGGCGUUUUAGCCUUAAGGUUCUUAGUGGCAGUGGCACAGGUUCUGGCGCUUGAGUAGGCCCCCCCCCCAAUUUUUUUUUUAAAAAUAAACACAUGCAAGUGUAAAAGAACUUCCAGCAUUUUUCGACACACCUUUGUAAGGCAACCUAAAACACAUUCUCAUUUAUAUCAAACUUUAAACCAAAAUUCUAAAUGGAGAGUUUCAUCCUUGUGUCUGUCACAGAUUAAGGGUCUGAUCCUUUGCAGCGAUUUGGUGAGGGGGAACCCUCAAUUAAGAAGGCAGAAAGAUACCUCAAGCCCUCAUGCUCCAGGGUUAAGCCAUGUGAGAGACCAAGAUGAUUCUCUGAAAUAACAGAUUAGACAACAUCAUGCCAAUUGUUUUUACAAAUAGAAUACCUUUAUCAAAUACAAUUUAUGAAGAAUAAGAUGUUGGGGCCUCCCAAGUGGUGCAGCGGUCUAAGGCACUUGCUUGAGGCAUCACAGCCGGCGGUGACCGGGAGACCCAUGAGGCGGCGCACAAUUGGUCCAGCAUCGUCCGGGUUAGGGGAGGGUUUGGCCGGCCGGGAUUUCCUUGUCCCAUCGCACUCUAGCGACUCCUUGUGGCGGGCUGGACGCCUGCACGCUGACUUUGGUCGCCAGUUGUACAGUGUUUCCUCCGACACAUUGGUGCGGCUGGCUUCCGAGUUAAGCGAGCUUGGCAGGGUCGUGUUUCGGAGGACGCAUGGCUCUCGACCUUCGCCUCUCCCGAGUCCGUACAGCAGUUGCAGCGAUGGGACAAGACUGUAAUUGGAUAUCACGAAAUUGGGGAGAAAAAGGGGUCGUCCACAUUGUCUUUACUUGGUGGCUUGUGCUGCAUUUGAGCCUUCUUGGUAGCAGUGGCAUAGGUUUUCUGGUGUAUCAGGGCAAAUUCUGGUGGGGUCUUGGGUAGACCUUUGCCUGAAAAUAAACAUGCAAGUGUACAAUAACAUCCUUUUAAGUUUUAUUGCAGUGGAAGAAGUGGAAGAAGACUUUUAAAUAGUCAACGUAAACACAUAACCAACUUUAAACCAAAAUUCUACAACAUGCAAAAGUUAACAUCCCAAGCCCCUACCCCCUAGCCUGGAAAUCCAGAUGGAUUUCAGCUCAGUUUCACUACACUAAUAAUGGUGAAACAUGGAAUGAUUCCGUCUGGGUUGAGGCUACCGUCCCUCUAGCCACACGCUUGGAGAUUUGAAAGGAUAAGUUAAAGUAAUACGGUAAAAGGUCCUCCCACUCUAUUAACAGGCAAGGUGGUUGUUUAGUGUCUAGGAUUUAGGGAAAAGGGGUCGAUUAGUAAUCAGCAUGACAGACUACCAUACUUACAUAACUUGGAGGCAGUAGUGGCUGGAGGUGGGAGAUGACAUUCCGCAUGUGAUUCUAAACACGCAACAAUAUAAAGAAUACAAACCAUGCCAAUUACAUUGAAUGUACACAAACUGUCAAUGUGUGUUUAAACAUACCAGUUAUACAUUCUUUGAAUGUAGUUUUCUUUCGGUUUCUCUUGGAGAGCUCCUCCACUUCACUGGCUUUGAUGAUUUCGACAUCUUCAAAUUGCUGUUUUGAUUCUGAAUGGUGGGGAGAAGGUUCAAACAAUUUAACAAUAAAUUGUAACAACCAGCAAUUUUUACUUAUUGCAUUUUCCAUUUUAAUGUACCUGAUGUCAGUUUUAUCCUCAGAAGCUGAAAUGACUUCCACUUCAGUGAGGGUGUGGACCCAAUCCUUGAUUUUGUUUUUUGGGGGUAGAUCAGCUUUAAUAUUGCAGAUAGAUUGUAGCUUCCAUGACUGUUUGCAUCUUUUCUAAUCCCCGUUAUGUAUUUUUGUUAAUAUAAAGUAUAUAUAUUUAUUAAAUAUAUUUUCCUUUAUUAUUUUCACCUAACCCUACCACCUCUCCCCUAAUUGGAGUAAACUAAUGGACAACAACACUUACAUUUUUUACAUUUUUAGUCAUUUAGCAGAUGCUCUUAUCCAGAGCGACUUACAGUUAGUGAGUGCAUACAUUUUCAUACUUAGGCUUCUACUUCCAGCUUAUACAUACUAUAUAAAUUUUUAUGGACAUACACAAAAGAGUCCAAAUUGGUGAAGUGAAAUGAAAAAAAUAACUUGUUUCACAAAAUUCUAAAAAAUAAAUAACGGAAAAGUGGUGCGUGCAUAUGUAUUCACCCCCUUUGCUAUGAAGCCCCUAAAUAAGAUCUGGUGCAACCAAUUACCUUCAGAAGUCACAUAAUUAGUUAAAUAAAGUCCACCUGUGUGCAAUCUAAUCACAUGAUCUAUCACAUGAUCUGAGUAUAUAUACACCUGUUCUGAGAGGCCCCAGAGUCUGCAACACCACUAAGCAAGGGACACCACCAAGCAAGCGGCACCAUGAAGACCAAGGAGCUCUCCAAACAGGUCAGGGACAAAGUUGUGGAGAAGUACAGAUCAGGAUUGGGUUAUAAAAAAAUAUCUGAAACUUUGAACAUCCCACGGAGCAUCAUUAAAUCUAUUAUAAAAAAAUGGAAACAACAAACCUGCCAAGAGAGGGCCGCCCACCAAAACUCACGGACCAGGCAAGGAGGGCAUUAAUCAGAGAGGCAACAAAGAGACCAAAGAUAACCCUGAAGGAGCUGCAAAGCUCCACAGCGGAGAUUGGAGUAUCUGUCCAUAGGACCACUUUAAACCGUACACUCCACAGAGCUGGGCUUUACGGAAGAGUGGCCAGAGAAAAGCCAUUGCUUAAAGAAAUAAGCAAACACGUUUGGUGUUCGCCAAAAGGCAUGUGGGAGACUCCCCAAACAUAUGGAAGAAAGUACUCUGGUCAGAUGAGACUAAAAUUGAGCUUUUUGGCCAUCAAGGAAAAUGAUAUGUCUGGAGCAAACCCAACACCUCUCAUUACCCCGAGAACACCAUCCCCACAGUGAAGCAUGGUGGUGGCAGCAUCAUGCUGUGGGGAUGUUUUUCAUCGGCAGGGACUGGGAAACUGGUCAGAAUUGAAGGAAUGAUGGAUGGCACUAAAUACAGGGAAAUUCUUGAGGGAAACCUGUUUCAGUCUUCCAGAGAUUUGAGACUGGGACGGAGGUUCACCUUCCAGCAGGGGUGAAUAGUUAUGCACGCUCAAGUUUUCUGUUUUUUUGUCUUAUUUCUUGUUUGUUUUACAAUAAAAUAUAUUUUGCAUCUUCAAAGUGGUAGGCAUGUUGUGUAAAUCAAAUGAUACAACCCCCCCCAAAAUCAGUUUUAAUUCCAGGUUGUAAGGCAACAAAAUAGGAAAAAUGCCAAGGGGGGUUAAUACUCUUGCAACCCACUGUUUAAGCCAUAAUUACUUGGCAGAACUGUGCAACCGAGGGAUCCCUAUGUAUUGCCUAUGAUAGGGCAGAUGCAGCCAUGCUGAUGAGGUUCUCGGGAGGAAUCAUUUAUUUUGCAUUUGCGGAUAUUUUACACAUGGACACAUGCAUGCUGACUGCAAGAAUGUCCACCAGAGCUGUUGACAGAGAAUUGAAUGUUAAUUUCUCUACCAAUGUUGUUUUAGAGAAUUUGGCAGCAUGUCCAACCAGCCUCACAACCGCAGACCACGUGUAAUCACACCAGCCCAGGACCUCCACAUCCGGCUUCUACACCUGCGGGAUCAUCUGAGAAGUAACUGAGGAGUAUUUUUGUCUGUAAUAAAGCCCUUUUUGUGCGGAAAAACUAAUUCUGAUUGGCUGGGCCUUGCUCCCCAGUGGGUGGGCCAGUCUCCCAAGUGUGUGGGCUUAUACCCUCACAGGCUUACCCAUGGCUGUGCCCAUGUCCAGACAUGUAAAAUCUAUAGAUUAUGGCCUAAUGAAUUUAUUUCAAUUGACUGAUUUCCUUAUAUGAACGGUAACUCAGUAAAAUCUUUGAAAUUGUUACAUAUUGCAUUUAUAUUUUUGUUCAUAUUUAUAAAAUACAAUAUCCAAAGGUAAACGUGUAUUAUUAAUAUCAUUAAUUUGGCAUCCUAUUUAUAGGACUAAUAGUAAAUACUUCUAAACUUCUCUAGAUCAAUCAUAAAUGAAUGAUAGUAUAUCUAGCUACACGUUGAAAUGAUGGUGUCCUUUGGGCAAAUCAGAUGUCAAUGUACUACAUUGAAUGUAGCUUACAGUCGUGGUCAAAAGUUUUGAGAAUGACACAAGUAUUGGUCUUCACAAAGUUUGCUGCUUCAGUGUUUUUAGAUAUUUUUGUCAGAUGUUACUAUGGUAUACUGAAGUAUAAUUACAAGCUUUUCAUAAGUGUCAAAGGCUUUUAUUGACAAUUACAUGAAGUUUAUGCAAAGAGUCAAUAUUUGAAGUGUUGACCUUUAUUUUUCAAGACCUCUGCAAUCCGCCCUGGCAUGCUGUCAAUUAACUUCUGGGCCACAUCCUAACUGAUGGCAGCCCAUUCUUGCAUAAUCAAUGCUUGGAGUUUGUCAGAAUUUGUGGGUUUUGUUUGUCCACCCGCCUCUUGAGGAUUGACCACAAGUUCUCAAUGGGAUUAAGGUCUGGGGAGUUUCCUGGCUAUGGACCCAAAAUGUCGAUGUUUUGUUCCCCAAGCCACUUAGUUAUCACUUUUGCCUCAUGGCAAGGUGCUCCAUCAUGCUGGAAAAGGUAUUGUUCGUCACCAAACUGUUCUUGGAUGGUUGGGAGAAGUUGUUCUCGGAGGAUGUGUUGUUACCAUCCUUUAUUCAUGGCUGUGUUCUUAGGCAAAAUUGUGAGUGAGCCCACUACCUUGGCUGAGAAGCAACCCCACACAUGAAUGGUCUCAGGAUGCUUUACUGUUGGCAUGACACAGGACUGAUGGUAGCGCUCACCUUGUCUUCUCCGGACAAGCUUUUUUCCGGAUGCCCCAAACAAUCGGAAAGGGGAUUCAUCAGAGAAAAUGACUUUACCCCAGUCCUCAGCAGACCAAUCCCUCUACCUUUUGCACAAUAUCAGUCUGUCCCUGAUGUUUUCCCUGGAGAGAAGUGGCUUCCUUGCUGCCCUUCUUGACACCAGGCCAUCUUCCAAAAGUCUUCGCCUCACUGUGCGUGCAGAUGCACUCACACCUGUCUGCUGCCAUUCCUGAGCAAGCUCUGCACUGGUGGUGCCCCGAUCCCGCAGCUGAAUCAACUUUAGGAGACAGUCCUGGCGCUUGCUGGACUUUCUUGGGUGCCCUGAAGCCUUCUUCACAACAAUUGAACCUCUCUCCUUGAAGUUCUUGAUGAUCCGAUAAAUGGUUGAUUUACUAGCAGCAAUAUCCUUGCCUGUGAAGCCCUUUUUGUGCAAAGCAAUGAUGACGGCACGUGUUUCCUUGCAGGGAACCAUGGUUAACAGAGGAAGAACAAUGAUUUCAAGCACCACCCUCCUUUUAAAGCUUCCAGUCUGUUAUUCUAACUCAAUCAACAUGUCAAAGUGAUCUCCAGCCUUGUCCUCGUCAACACUCUCACCUGUGUUAACAAGAGAAUCACUGACAUGAUGUCAGCUGGUCCUUUUGUGGCAGGGCUGAAAUGCAGUGGAAAUGUUUUUUGGGGAUUAAGUUCAUUUUCAUGGCAAAGAUGGACUUUGCAAUUUAUUGCAAUUCAUCUGAUCACUCUUCAUAACAUUCUGGAGUAUAUGCAAAUUGCAAUCAUAAAAACUGAGGCAGCAGACUUUGUGAAAAUUAAUAUUUGUGUCAUUCUCAAAACUUUUGACCACGACUGUACAUAAACCCAAUCUUAUUCUGAAUUUACUUGUUAUAAAUUGAUUUGCAUUUUAAUGAGGGAAAUAAGUAUUUGACCCCUCUGCAAAACAUGACUUAGUACUUGGUGGCAAUCACAGAGGUCAGACGUUUCUUGUAGUUGGCCACCAGGUUUGCACACAUCUCAGGAGGGAUUUUGUCCCACUCCUCUUUGCAGAUCUUCUCCAAGUCAUUAAGGUUUCGAGGCUGACGUUUGGCAACUCGAACCUUCAGCUCCCUCCACAGAUGUUCUAUGGGAUUAAGGUCUGGAGACUGGCUAGGCCACUCCAGGACCUUAAUGUGCUUCUUCUUGAGCCACUCCUUUGUUGCCUUGACUGUGUGUUUUGGGUCAUUGUCAUGCUGGAAUACCCAUCCACGACCCAUUUUCAAUGCCCUGGCUGAGGGAAUGAGGUUCUCACCCUAGAUUUGACGGUACUUUGCCCCGUCCAUCAUCCCUUUGAUGCGGUGAAGUUGUCCUGUCCGCUUAGCAGAAAAACACCCCAAAGCAUAAUGUUUCCACCUCCAUGUUUGACGGUGGGGAUGGUGUUCUUGGGGUCAUAGGCAGCAUUCCUCCUCCUCCGAACACGGCGAGUUGAGUUGAUGCCAAAGAGCUCCAUUUUGGUCUCAUCUGACCACAACACUUUCACACAGUUCUCCUCUGAAUCAUUCAGAUGUUCAUUGGCAAACUUCAGACGGGCAUGUAUAUGUGCUUUCUUGAGCAGGGGGACCUUGCGGGCGCUGCAGGAUUUCAGUCCUUCACGGCGUAGUGUGUUACCAAUUGUUUUCUUGGUGACUAUGGUCCCAGCUGCCUUGAGAUCAUUGACAAGAUCCUCCCGUGUAGUUCUGGGCUGAUUCCUCACCGUUCUCAUGAUCAUUGCAACUCCACGAGGUGAGAUAUUGCAUGGAGCCCCAGGCCGAGGGAGAUUGGCAGUUAUUUUGUGUUUCUUCCAUUUGCGAAUAAUCGCACCAACUGUUGGCACCUUCUCACCAAGCUGCUUGGCGAUGGUCUUGUAGCCCAUUCCAGCCUUGUGUAGGUCUACAAUCUUGUCCCUGACAUCGUUGGAGAGCUCUUUGGUCUUGGCCAUGGUGGAGAGUUUGGAAUGUGAUUGAUUGAUUGCUUCUGUGGACAGGUGUCUUUUAUACAGGUAACAAACUGAGAUUAGGAGCACUCCCUUUAAGAGUGUGCUCCUAAUCUCAGCUCAUUACCUGGAUAAAAGACACCUGGGAGCCAGAAAUCUUUCUGAUUGAGAGGGGGUCAAUGCAAAUCAAUUUAGAACACUUUUGACAUGCGUUUUUCUGGAUUUUGUUGUUGUUAUUCUGUCUCUCACUGUUCAAAUAAACAUACCAUUAAAAUUAUAGACUGAUAAUUUCUUUGUCAGUGGGCAAACGUAUCAGCAGGGGAUCAAAUAUUUUUUCCCUCACUGUAGCUUGUGUAAAACAAGUUAGAGGAGUUCAGAGCAUAGUUAUGCAAAUGAGUAUGGAAGCUGAUCAAAUAAAAUUUAAUAAAAUUGUAUUUGUCACAUGCGCCGAAUACAACAGUGAAAUCCUUACUUACAAGCCCUUAACCAACAAUGCAGUUUUAAGAAAUAAUAUAAUUAAAUAUUUAAAGAGCAGCAGUAAAAUAGCAAUAGCGAGGCUAUAUACAGGGGGUACCGGUACCGAGUCAAUGUGUGUCCAUAUGUGUUGACAUGAUAGCUCAGCAGAAACUAACACAACUUGUUUCCAAAGCUAAGCAGGGUACAUAGAGGUAGUCAUCUGGAUGGUACAUGUCCCCUCAUAUACCAAUAAGGAGUCACUGUUCAGGCAGGAAUCGUUGGACUGAGGCUUCAGAUUCUAUUUCAAUAUGGGCAUCUCUUUAUUUAGGUUGAUGGCAUGAUGUUGAAACAAUGACAUUGAUUCAAACAUACCUUUUUACUAUCAACAUUGAAACAAGGUCAAAUAAAAUAUGUCUAAUCAAAUAUGAAAUUCAACAUCAUUUCAUCCACCCAAUAUACAGAAUAUAUAUUAUUUUUUCAACUUAUUUUUUUAUCUGGGAGUCAUACUAAGACCAAGACCUUUUACAGAUGAGCCCUGAAUGACAUAAUUUACAGAAAAUACACACAUCAAUAUGAAUACAAAAUGCAAGCAGAAAGAACAACAUGGUCAUAAAAAGAAUUGAUCUGAUGUUGCAUGACAUAAAUUGUGCUGCAAUUUCCACGUAGAUUCUACGUGAGAUUUUUAACCAUUCUACGUGGAAUUUUCAAUGUAAUUUCAACGUAUACAGUACAUCGUUUUGAUGAUUACGUUGAAAUUAGAUUGAUGUAACAACCUGUUAGUCACGUUAAGUAAUUGUAUUUAAGUUGAAGUUUUACCCUAAUUUCAAUGUUUGCAACGGUGGUUGAAAUCAAAUGAAAACUGUACUGGUUGAUUACUUUUUGCAAAUCCAAAUGUGUUUCAAACAUAGAUUCAACAUCACAAUAUGUUGACAUAUUACAUUGAAACAACAGUGAUUCAACUAGUUUGUGCCCAGUGGGAUCUAAUUAUGUACCUUGUUAUCUCAUUGUCUACCGUUUUCUUUGUCUGUUGCAUUUGUCUGUUGAGUUAACAAUCAAGUUAACUUGCUAAUGCAGUUCCUGGUGGUAAAACAGAGCAUUGUUGCAGUACAACAUGCUGUAGUUAGCACGCAAUGCACAACUAAACUUCCCACUCAGGCCGGGAUUGAAUCCGAUCGCACAUUGGGACAAUGCGCCAUUUAAAGGUAAUUUCCGAUUGAACCGACAUAUGCAGUGUUUACUGUGAAUGUGGUCUCAGCGAACACGGGAACAUUGCCUUUAAAAGACCAUUGUCGAAAAAGUGCGAUCGGAUUGAAUAACGGCCUCAGUCUGUUAACAUGAUACACACACCUCAAAUACGCCAAUACCGAUGCAACUUCUUCUCAAACAGAGAUGUUUUUCCUCUUUGUACCUGGAACUACUACUUAUACGGCUAUCAAGAUACAGCUAGAGCAGUUAUGAAGUUUAACAACUUCCUUUCUUCUCCUAUCCUUCCAGACACCCUCUGUUCCCACUGCUGGCCCUGCUGUUUGAGAAGUGUGAGCAGGCCACCCAGGGCUCUGAGUGCAUCACCUCUGCCAGCUUCGAUGUGGACAUCGAGAACUUUGUCCACCAGCAGGAGCAGGACCACAAGCCGUUCUUCAGCGAGGACCCCGAGCUGGACAACCUGGUUAGUACCCUGCCUGGGGGCCAUCUAAGUAGUCCAACUUGGAUUUGAAGCAUCUCAAAAGUCUAAUAUGGCUUCCUAAUAUUGAGCAGUUAUCGCAAUAGUCAUACUGUAAUGACUUCCUCCACCAGUAGAGGGAGCAAUUCAUCCUCAACAUUAGUACACCACGUUGGACUACUGAGAUGCCUCCUCAACAUUAGUAAGCCACGCUGGACUACUGAGAUGCCUCCUCAACAUUAGUAAGCCACGCUAGACUACUGAGAUGCCUCCACAAUUUCAGGAAGCCAUGCUAGACUACUGAGAUGCCUCCUCAACGUUAGGAAGCCACACUAGACUACUGAGAUGCCUCCUCAACGUUAGGAAGCCACGCUAGACUACUGAGAUGCCUCCUCAACGUUAGGAAGCCACGCUAGACUACUGAGAUGCCUCCUCAACGUUAGGAAGCUCUGUUAGUUAUCCCUUUCAGGUCCCACUCACUAUAAAGUUGUCUUAUUUUCUCUCUCACCCUUUCUCAUGUACACGGUUCUCUCUUCAAUUAUCUCUCUCUCUCUAUCUCUCUCUCUCUCUCUCUCUCUCUCUCUCUCUCUCUCUCUCUCUCUCUCUCUCUCUCUCUCUCUCUCUCUCUCUCUCUCUCUCUCACAGACUACCUCUACCCCCUCCCUCUUGUACCUCCUCUUUCUUUCCUCCUUUGUCUCUCUCAAUAUCCAUUUCUAUUCACCCUUUCUCUCUUUUCCCCUCAUGCUCUCCCUCCCACCCUUCUAUGACAGCUAGCAGUAAUUAGAAAUUAGGAGAAAUAGGGAGGGUGGCUAGAGAGAGAGAGUGAGUGAGUGAGUGAGUGAGUGAGUGAGUGAGUGAGUGAGUGAGUGAGUGAGUGAGUGAGUGAGUGAGUGAGAGAGAGACAGAGAGAGAGAGAGAGAGGGGGAGAGAGAGAGAGAAGGUUGGCUCUCAUCAUUAUGGGGGUGCUCGGCGACAAGUGGUGAGGCAGUUAAUUAACCCCGCAUCUGUUUGCUUUACGAGGCGCCGGUCGGGGGCUGGCCCCAGCACACACUAACUCUUCCACAGGACAGUAAGCUGAAGCUGACUGGCCGAGAUGGCACAAGGCCCCGAUUCUGGUGCCCUUGAGUGCUGACUUUGAGAGAGUGAGCACUGGAAGGGGAAUCCUGGUUGGGAAAAUUUUGAGAGGGUCAUGGAUUAGCAAGUGUUAUGUCAAGGGCUAUCUGAAAACGUUCAGGGACUGACUGACUAGGGCCAGCACAUCAUCUAUAAGGCACACAAGGGGUCUGUCCAGAAACAAACCCUAGCCCCUGGGGAUUUCUCGUGGCAUCCAUUGCCAAUUAUUGAUUAUUUAUAUACCUUUGGUUCAAACUGGAGAAGGCAACCAUUGAGCUAGUCAAUGUUGAGCCAGCCUAGCAUUCAGGCUAGCAUGUAGCAGGUAGCCUACUCCCUCAGUCAUUUAGCCUGCUGGCUUUGUCUCUCUCUCCUCAGAUGGUGAAGGCCAUCCAGGUGCUAUGGUUACACCUUUUUAAAGCUGUAGAAAGCAACAAUGGAGCUAGCUAAAGUUGAGCUAGCUCAGACUAGCAUGAAGGCUAGCAUAUAGCCUCCUCCUUUCCUCAGUCAAUAAGCCUGCUUAUUUUGCUCUCUCUCUCCUCAGAUGGUGAAGGCCAUCCAGGUGCUGAGGAUCCACCUGCUGGAACUGGAGAAGGUUAACGAGCUUUGCAAGGACUUCUGCAACCGCUACAUCACUUGCCUCAAGACCAAGAUGCACAGCGACAACCUGCUCCGCAAUGACCUGGGCGGGCCCUACUCGCCCUCGCACACCUCAAUUAGCCUGCAGCAGGUAAGAGAUGGACACACACACAAAAACGGAUUGAAUCAACGUUGUUUCCAUGUCAUUUAAAAAUAUAUAUAUAAUGUGAUGACAUUGAAUUAGCGUGGAAAACUGAUUGGAUUUGCAAAAAGUCAUCAACGUAAGGGAAUUUCAUAUUUUUAACCUAAAUCCAAUGACAUCGUGAAUUUUGGUUGUUGAUUUCACGUCUAAUUGACGUUAGUUGACAACUCAAACAAAAUUAAAUCAAAACUAGACGUUGAAAUGACAUGGGAUAUGUGCACUGGUGCACGCAUGCACAUAUGCACUCUAAACAGAAUGUAUCUGGUAUGCACUUAGAAAGAGCCAACUGCAUUUGUCAUGUUUCGACUUUUAUUUUUUUAUUUUAAUAAAAAUUACAUACAUUUCCCCCAGUUUUCGUUCACUCUAAGAAAGUAACUUGAAACAUAUUUUUUUCGUAUUCUGUACAUUUGCAAUAGUUAUCUCAAAUUUGACAGAGUUCAUUGACAGUUGGAGCCAUUCUGCAAAUGAGGGUGGCUGCUCCUCUUUCCAAUGCCUUAAAAUGACCAUUUUAGCAAUGAGAGUUAGUGUCCUGAGCAUGGAAGCAUUUGGUGAAUUUUCCGGGAGUUUAAUUCCCAGCAAGAUAAAGGCUGCAUUUGUGUGUAGUCUAUUUUCUAUUGCUCCUUGAAAUAGAGAGAAUAUUAUUUUCCAAUAGGGUUUGAUUUGAUUUAUUAGGAGCCCCAUUAGCCGACGCCAAUGCCGACAGGUAGUCUUACUGCAUUCCGACACAUAACGAAAAAGAUAAUACAGACAAAAUGCUUUACAUUUUAUACUGAACAAAAAUAUAAACACAACAUGCAACCGUUUCAACGAUUUUACUGAGUUACAGUUCAUAUAAGGAAAUCAGUCAAUUAAAAUAAAUAAAGGUCCUAAUCUAUGGAUUUCAUUUGACUGGGCAGGGGCGCAGCCAUGGGUGGGCCUGGGAGGGCAUAGGCCCACCCACUUGGGAGUCAGGCCCACCCACUGGGGAGCCAGGCCCAGCCAAUCAGAAUGAGGUUUUCCCUACAAAAGGGCUUUAUUACAGACAAAAUACUCCUCAGUUUCAUCAGCUGUCUGGGUGGCUGGUCUCAGACGAUCCCGCAGGUGUAGAAACCAGAUAUGGAGGUCCUGGGCCAGCGUGGUUACACGUGGUCUGCGGUUGUGAGGCCAGUUGGACGUACUGCCAAAUAUUAUAAAACAACGUUGGAGGCAGAUUGUGGUAGGGAAAUGAAAAUUACAUUCUCUGGCAACAGCUCUGGUGGACAUUCCUGCAGUCAGCAUGCCAAUUGUACACUCCCUUGAGACAUCUGUGGCAUUGUGUUGUGUGCCAAAACUGCACAUUUUGGAGUGGCCUUUUAUUGUCCCCAGCACAAGGUGCACCUGUGUAAUGAUCAUUCUGUUUAAUCAGCUUCUUGAUAUGCCACACCUGUCAUGUGGAUGGAUUAUCUUGGCAAAGGAGAAAUGCUCACUAACAGGGAUGUAAACAAAUUUGUGCACAGAACUUUUGAGAAAUAAGCUUUUUGUGCAUAUGUCAAAUUUGUGGGAUCUUUUAUUUCAGCUCAUGAAACAUGGGACCAACUCUUUACAUGUUGCAUUUUUAGUUUUGUUCAGUAUAGAUACAUUUAAAAACAUGAACAUGUAGUGUGCGUGUGUGUGCAUCUAUCAGUUACAUGUCAGUACAUACACAAAAUAAGUAGGUCAGAUGGAGGAGAGGCGUUGUGCCGUGAGGUGUUGCUUUAUUUAUUUAUUGAAACCAGGUUUGCUGUUCACUUGCACUAUAUGAGAUUGAAGGGAGUUCCAUGCACUCAUGGCUCUGUAUAAUACUGUACGUUUCCUUGAAUUUGUUCUGGACCUGGGGACUGUGAAAAGACCCCUGGUGGCAUGUCUGGUGGGGUAAGUGUAUCAGUGCUGUGUGUAGGCACUCCCGAGUGGCGCAGUGGUCUACUAGAGAUCCUGGUUCGAGUCCAGGCUCUGUCGCAGCCUGCCGCGACUGGGACACCCAUGGGCGGCGCACAAUUGGUCCAGCGUCGUCCAAGGUAUGGGAGGGUUUGGCCGGCAGCGAUGUGGGUUCGUUUCCCACGGGGGGCCAAUGUGACAAAAAACAUGUAUGCAUUCACUAACUCUGGAUAAGAGCGUCUGCUAAAUGACUAAAAUGUAAAACAUUUAAGUUGACUAUAAAAUGUGUUUUUAAUUUCCAACACAAUGUUUCUUAUAAAGCAAGAAGUGAUGCAGUCAGUCUUUCCUCAACUCUUAGCCAAGAGAGACUGGCAUGCUGUCACGCCCUGGCUCUGGGGACUCUUAAAUGUUGAGCCAGGGUGUGUAGUGUCUAUGUUGUAUUUUCUAUGUUGUUGAUCUAGAUCGUGUAGAUCUAUGUUGGCCAGGGUGGUUCCCAAUCAGAGGCAGCUGUUUCUCAUUGUCUCUGAUUGGGGACAAUACUUAGGCAGCAUGUUUGGCACUAGUCAUUGUGGGAUCUUGUUCCGUAUGGUUUGUUUUGGUGUUAACCUAUGACUUCACGUAUCGUUUGGUUUGUUGUUUUUGUUCGUGUGUGUUAAGUACGUUAAUUAAAUAAAAUGUACGCUUACCACGCUGCGCCUUGGUCUGUCACUUCCUUGAACGAUCGUGACAGAAGAUCCCACCAAAAGAGGACCAAGCAGCGUGUCCAGGAGCAAACGCCGGAGGUUACGUUAGUAGAUGUCCUCCUCGGUUGGGGGAGAAUCACGGAGGAGGAGGCCGUCUGUUACCGGAGGGCGAUGAAUGAAAAUGCCCAGGCAGGAGAGGAGAAACGGCGCCAACCGUGCCGACGACGGACACCCAAGAGGCAACCCCAAUAAAAAAAUUUGGGGGGGCACACGGCGUGGACGACGGGGCAGCAGCAGGCAGCGACAGGGCGUAUCUGCAGACUAGGAGAGGAGGCCACCAGGUUACGGGGGCUAUUGGUCCAGAGGGAGCAGGAGUUAAUUGGUCAGAGGGAGGAGCUACAGGAGGCGUUAAGGGAGAAGGAGAAUGUAGAGGCACGGCGAGAGGAGCUGGUUAGGCAGCAGAGGGAGCGGAGGUUUAUAAGGAAACCCAGUCCCGCUCCUCACACCAAGCAAGUGGUGUGUGUCACCAGUCCGGUCCGGCCCGUUCCUGAUCCCCGCACUAAGCCAGUGGUGCGUGUUCCCAGUACGGCUCGACCCAUUCCUGCUUCCCGCACAAGGCCAGUGGUGUGUGUUCCCAGUACGGUCCGGCCCGUUCCUGCUCCCCGCACUAAGUUAGUGGUGCGUGUUCCCAGUACGGCCCGACCCGUUCCUGCUCCUCGCACUAAGCAAGUGGUGCGUGUUCCCAGUCCGGCCUGGCCCGUUCCUGCUCCCCGCACCAAGCCAGUGGUGCGUAUCCACAGUCCGGCCCGGCCCGUUCCGGCUCCCCGCACCAAGCCAAUGGUGCUUGUUCCCAGUCCAGCCCGGCCUGUUCCUGCUCCCCGCACCAAGCCAAUGGUGCGUGUUCCCAGUCCAGCCCGGCCUGUUCCUGCUCCCCGCACCAAGCCAAUGGUGCGUGUUCCCAGUCCAGCCCGUCCUGUUCCUGCUCCCCGCACCAAGCCAGUGGUGCGCGUCGCCAGCCCGGUCCGGCCUGUUCCUGCUCCCCGCACCAAGCCAGUGGUGCGCGUCGUCAGCCCGGUCCGGCCUGUUCCUGCUCCCCGCACCAAACUAGUGGUGCGCGUCGUCAGCCCGGUCCGGCCUGUUCCUACUCCCCACACCAAGCCAGGGGUGCGCGUCGUCAGCCCGGUCCGGCCUGUUCCUACUCCCCACACCAAGCCAGGGGUGCGCGUCGUCGGCCCGGUCCGGCCUGUUCCUGUCCCUCGCACCAAGCCAGUGGUGUGCAUCGCCAGCCCAGUCCGGCCCGUUCCUGCUCCCCGCACCAAGCCAGUGGUGCGCGUCGCCAGCCCGGUCCGGCCUGUUCCUGUCCCUCGCACUAAGCCAGUGGUGCGCGUCGUCAUCCCGGUCCGGCCCGUUCCUGCUCCCCGCACCAAGCCAGUGGUGCGCGUCGUCAGCCCGGUCCUGCCCGUUCCUGCUCCCCGCACCAAGCCAGUGGUGCGUGUGUCCAGUCCGGCAUGGCCCGUGCCUGUUUCACCGGUGCCUGGUCCGGCACCGGUCAGCUGCUCCACUCCGGAGCCUGAGCAAUCCGCUCCACCGGUGUCCAGUCCAGCUCCAGUCAGCGGGGCCAGACCAGACCAGGGGCGCAACGGGGAGGUGGAGAAAAGGUGGUUGUCACGCCCGGAGCCGGAUCCGCCUCCGAGGCGGAAUGCCCACCCGGCUCCUACCCUCUUGUGUUUGUGUGGCGCGGUCACAGUCCGCGCCUUUGGGGGGGGGGGGUACUGUCACGCCCUGGCUCUGGGGACUCAUAAAUGUUGAGCCAGGGUGUGUAGUGUCUAUGUUGUAUUUUCUAUGUUGUUGAUCUAGAUCGUGUAGAUCUAUGUUGGCCAGGGUGGUUCCCAAUCAGAGGCAGCUGUUUCUCGUUGUCUCUGAUUGGGGACAAUACUUAGGCAGCAUGUUUGGCACUAGUCAUUGUGGGAUCUUGUUCCGUAUGGUUUGUUUUGGUGUUAACCUAUGACUUCACGUAUCGUUUGGUUUGUUGUUUUUGUUCGUGUGUGUUAAGUACGUUAAUUAAAUAAAAUGUACGCUUACCACGCUGCGCCUUGGUCCGUCACUUCCUUGAACGAUCGUGACACAAGCAUAUUAUUGAUAUUAGCCUUCUGAUUACAUUUAAGAGCAAGACGUACCACUCUGUUCUGGGCAAGCUGCAACUUAACUAGGUCUUUCUUUACAUCACUUGACCAUAUGACUGGACAAUAUCAAGAUAAGACAAAACUAGAGACUGCAGGACUUGCUUUGUGGAGUGUGGUUUCAAAAAUGCAGAGCAUUUCUUUAUUACAGACAGAUCACUCCCCAUCUUUACAACCAUUGAAUCUAUAUGUUUUGACCAUGACAGUUUACAAUCUAAGGUAAAACCAAGUAAUUUAGUCUCCUCAACUUGUUCAACAGUCACACCAUUCAUUACCAGAUUCAGCUGAGGUCUAACAUUUAGGGAAUGAUUUGUACCAAAUCAUUCCCUAAAUGAAAUACUAUGUUCAGAAGCAGUUUAUUACUGGCCACCCAUUCCAAAACUGACUGCAACCGUUUGUUAAGGGUUUCAGUGACUUCAUUAGCUGUGGAUGCUGAUAUGGUUGAAUCAUCAGCAUACAUGGACACACAGGCUUUGUUUAAUGCAAGUGGCAUGUCAUUGGUAAAAAAUAGAAAAGUGUAGAGGGCCUAGAGAGCUGCCCUGCGGUACACCACACUUUACAUGUUUGACAUUAGAGAAGAUUCCAUUAGAUAGAUAGCUUUGAAUCCACAAUAUGGCAGAGGUUGAAAAGACAUAACACAUACACUACCAGUCAAAAGUUUGGACACACCUACUCAAUCAAGUGUUUUUCUUUAUUUUUACUAUUUUUAUGUAAAAUAAUAGUGAAGACAUCAAAACUAUCGAAUAACACAUAUGGAAUCAUGUAGUAAACAAAGAAGUGUUAAACAUAUCAAAAUAUAUGCUAUAUUUGAGAUUCUUCAAAUAGCCACCCUUCGCCUUGAUGACAGCUUUGCACAUUCUUGGCAUUCUCUCAACCAGCUUCAUGAGGUAGUCACUUGGAAUGCAUUUCAAUUAACAGGUGUGCCUUCUUAAAAGUUAAUUUCUGGAAUUUCUUUCCUUCUUAAUGCGUUUGAGCCGAUCAGUUGUGUUGUGACAAGGUAGGGGGGGUAAACAGAAGAUAUCCCUAUUUGGUAAAAGACCAAGUCCAUAUUAUGGCAAGAACAGCUCAAAUAAGCAAAGAGAAACGACAGUCCAUCAUUACUUUAAGACAUGAAGGUUAGUCAAUACGAAACAUUUCAAGAACUUUGAAAGUUUCUUCAAGUGCAGUUGCAAAAACCAUCAAGCGCUAUGUUGAAACUGGCUCUCAUGAGGACCGCCACAGGAAUGAAAGACCCAGAGUUACCUCUGCUGCAGAGGUUAAGUUCAUUAGAGUUACCAGCCUCAGAAAUUGCAGCCCAAAUAAAUGCUUCACAGAGUUCAAGUCACAGACACAUCUAAACAUCAACUGUUCAGAGGGGACUGUGUGAAUCAGUCCUUCAUGGUCGAAUGCUGCAAAGAAACCAGUACUAAAGGACACCAAUAAGAAGAAGAGACCUGUUUGGGCCAAGAAACAUGAGGAAUGGACAUUAGACUGGUGGAAAUUUGUCCUAUGAUCUGGAGUCCAAAUUUGAGAUUUUUGGUUCCAACUGCCGUGUCUUUGUGAGACGCAGUGUGGGUGAACGGAUGAUCUCCGCAUGUGUAGUUCCCACCGUAAAGCAUGGAGGAGGAGGUGUUAUGGUGUGGGGGUAAUUUGCUGGUGAUGCUGUCUGUGAUUUAUUUAGAAUUCAAGGCACACUUAACCAGCAUGGCUACCACAGCAUUCUGCAGCGGUACGCCAUCCCAUCUGGUUUGGGCUUAGUGGGACUAUCAUUUGUUUUUCAACAGGGCAAUGACCCAACACACCUCCAGGCUGUGUAAGGGCUAUUUUACCAAGAAGGAGAGUGAUGGAGUGCUGCAUCAGAUGACCUGGCCUCCACAAUCCCCCGACCUCAACCCAAUUGAGAUGGUUUGGGAUGAGUCGGACGGCAGAGUGAAGGAAAAGCAGCCAACAAGUGCUCAGAAUAUGUGGGAACUCCUUCAAGACUGUUGGAAAAGCAUUCCAGGUGAAGCUGGUUGAGAGAAUGCCAAGAGUGUGCAAAGCUGUUAUCAAGGCAAAGGGUGGCUAUUUGAAGAAUCUCAAAUAUGAAAUAUAUUUUGAUUUGUUUAACAACAUGAUUCCAUAUGUGUUAUUUCAUAGUUUUGAUGUCUUCACUAUUAUUCUACAAUGUAGAAAAUGGUAAAAACAAAGAAAAACCCUUGAAUGAGUAGAUGAGUCCAAACUUUUGACUGGUACUGUAUGUUUUCUCAACAACAGGUUAUGGUCAAUAAUAUCAAAGACUGCACUGAAAACUAACAGUACAGCUCCCACAAUCUUCUUAUUAUCAAUUUCUUUCAACCAAUCAUCAGUAAUUUGUGUCAGUGGCGUACAUGUUGAGUGCCCUUCUAUAUCACCAUUCUGAAAGUCUGUUGUUAAUUUGUUUACAGAGAAAUAGCAUUGUCUCAAACACAAUUUCUUCCAACAGUUUGCUAAGAGCUGGCAGCAAGCUGAUAGGUCUGCUUUACCACUCUUGGGUAGCGGAAUGACUUUGGCUUCCCUCCAGGCAUGAAGACAAACACUUUCCUCUAGGCUCAGAUUAAACGUAUGACAGAUAAGAGUGGCUAUAGAGUCAGCUACCAUCCUCAGUAGCUUUCUAUCUAAGUUGUAAUUGCCAGAAGACUAACUUUACAAAAUUCAAAUUUACAAUGCUUUUCUUUAAUUAUUAGGAAACUUGACCAACUUAGGACACAAGCCCAGGAUCAUCUGAUUUACAUCUCCAACAUUUGCUGGUGGUUGUCAUUUUUGCCUUGUACAUUUUAGAGGGAGUUCAAUAAGUUAUAUUAAUUAUAUUAUACUAAACCAUUUGUGUUUAAGACUACAUUUUUCUUGUAUAUUCAUCUUCAAAUCUUUACCGCAUUUUUUCCUUAACGGAAGGUGUAGUCCCCUUGUUUUUUCAUUUAAGAAUUUAUACACCCUGGAUGCCUGGUGGUUUUUGGAAUGGACAUCCUUUAUAAAACUUUCCAAUUAGUUUGAACAAUUACAUUCAAACAUGAUUUUAUCUGCUGACUUGACUGCCUGUUUUGUUUUUCUGAAAGGCCAUUAUACUUGUGUUCAAACGUCUGAGCCGUAUUCAGUAGUGUACAACGUGGAAUGUUUUGAUACAAAUACAUUUUGAAGAACAGACAUGUGUCUCCUACAUGUUGCAAUAAUGAGUCAUGUCAGCUCUAUUCAUUGCAUUUCUAUCUGCAACAUUCAGUACGUCCUCAACCACCCUUCUCAGACCCCUCACUUGUUCCCUCUCUUCUUAUGACCUCUGACCUCACCAGGACCUCCUCCAGACGUCCUCUCCGUCCAUGACAUCAGUCUCCAGCUCUGUCAACUCCUCGGGCAUCAUGGUGCCCACCGGGACCCUGCAACAGGGCAACAUUGCCAUGACUACCAUCAACUCCCAGGUGGUAUCAGGUGAGAAGCCUUUCCACCUUCCACAACCCAGUUGUAUGGGUACCUCACCUUCCCUAAUAGUAUGCAUGUUAUCAUUUAUUGGGAUGAGUCUUGUCCUGGAAGCAGAACUGAGCGAUUUCGGCUAGACGGGAAAGUCAAAAUUGUCUAUUUUGUAAAAACGUAUGAAAACAAAAAUUUGCAUUUUUUUGGUCAUAAUUUAAGGUUAGAGUUAGGCAUUAGGGUUAACAGUGUGGUUAAGGUUAAGGUUAAGGCUAAAGUUAGGUUUAAAAUCUGAUUUUAUUACUUUGUGGCUGUGCCAGCUCGUGACCGCUCUCAGAGCUGCCUCAAGAACAAGAUUCAUGACGUAAAACGCUAACCUGCUAAUAUUACAUCUUUACGUUGUACUUUAUAACAACUGUCCCUUUUACCUAUACAUUGUAGUUACAUAGGCAGGAACAGUUGCAGUUUAUAUACAAAUUGUACAAAGUGUUCUACCUUGCCUGCACAACAUUUAUUUGCAACGGAAUUAUCUAAAACAACAACAGGGUAAGAGAAGGUUUAGCCACAAAACAUGUUAUGCACUAAGUAUUUAUCAAUGCUUCUUUCAGCAACUGCAUGCUGGUAGGUCACAGCAUAUCCUAUGUAAAACAGAGGCUGUUGACAUAUAAUUAAGAAUAAACAUUUUGUGUUAAUGAAGGUGUUCUAUAUCACUCAAGAGUGUGACUAUGGGUUUCUUGUUAUUAUGUUACCCCUACCCUCCAGAAAUCCCUUUCAACCCAGAAUAAUCAAUCUCAUUCCAGCUUUCUCUUUGAUCACAACACUCAAAUUAACUCAAAAUUAACACCCAUAAUUAGAUAAUCUAAAUGAGUGGUAAUUAGUAGCAAAACAACAACUCCUUCCUCAAGGACCCCGAGGUGAAAGAAUACACCUUUUGUUUCUGGAUUUAUUUGCGUCGUCCUUGUUUACGUGUUGUUGUUGUUGUUGUUAUUGUUGUGUUAGGGUGAGAUAAUAGAGCUCUCGAGUCUAAACUGCGCGAGGCCGACUGUUUUUCACAGAAGAAGAAGCCACUCGACUUUUAUGACCGCAAAUUAUCCCCUCAGGUGGAACCUUGUAUCAGCCGGUUGCCAUGGUGACAUCGCAAGGGCAGGUGUUAACCCAGGGACUCUCCCAGGGGACCAUCCAGAUCCAGAAUUCACAGGUGAGGCCACCAGCUGCUCUCCUAGCAUAUCCCUCCCUGCUGUCCCCACAAUCCAUCUUGUCCCCACAAUCCCUGCUGUCCCCACAAUCCAUCUUGUCCCCACAAUCCAUCUUGUCCCUGGAAUCCCUGCUGUUCCCUCUAUUCAAGAUUCAAAACCAUUCUUCUCACCAAAACGUAUUGUUGUUAUAGUUACGUCAGGGCGUCCCUUAUUUCAAUUUUUGUGAGAAACCAAUUAAAAUCAGGUCAAAUCAACUUUUAUGCAGAGAGAAAAAUAUAUAAAUAAUAGAAGGAUAGUAACACAAGCAAUAAAUACACAAUGAGCAACGAUAACUUGGCUAUAUACACAGAGUACCAGUACCGAGUCGAUGUACAGGGGUACGAGGUAAUUGAGGUAGAUAUGUACAUACAGUGCAUUCGGAAAGUAUUCAGACCCCUUGACUUUUUCCACAUUUUGUUAAGUUACAGCCUUAUUCUAAAAUUGAUUAAAUUGUUUAUUUCCCUCAUCAAUCUACACACAAUACCCCAUAAUGACAAAGCAAAAACAGGUUAUUAGAAUAUUUUGCAAAUUCCUAAAACAUAAAACAAACAGAAAUAACUAAUUUACAUAAGUAUUCCGACCCUUUUCUAUGAGACUCGAAAUUGAGCUCAGGUGCAUCCUGUUUCCAUUGAUCAUCCUUGAGAUGUUUCUACAACUUGAAUGGAGUCCACCUGUGGUAAAUUAAAUUGAUUGGACAUGAUUUGGAAAGGCACACACAUGUCUAUAUAAGGUCCCAGAGUUGACAGUGCAUGUCAGAGCAAAAAUUAAGCCAUAAGGUCGAAGGAAAUGUCUGUAGAGCUCCGGGACAGGAUUGUGUCGAGUCACAGAUCUGUGGAAGGGUACCAAAAAAUUUCUGCAGCAUUGAAGGUCCCCAAGAACAUAGUGGCCUCCAUCAUUCUUAAAUGGAAGAUGUUUGGAACCACCAAGACUCUUCCUAGAGCUGGCCGCCCGGCCAAACUGAGCAAUCGGGGGAGAAGGGCCUUGGUCAGGGAGGUGACCAAGAACCCGAUAGUCACUCUGAUAGAGCUCUAGAGUUCCUCUGUGGAGAUGGGACAACCAUCUCUGCAACACUCCACCAAUGUAGUCCCCUGUAGCUCAGUUGGUAGAGCAUGGCGCUUGCAAUGCCAGGGUUGUGGCCUGACAGAAGCCACUCCUCAGUAAAAGGCACAUGACAGCCCGCUUGGAGUUUGCCAUAAGGCACCUAAAGACUCUCAGACCGCCCGGCCAAACUGAGCAAUCGGGGGAAAAGGGCCUUGGUCAGGGAGGUGACCAAGAACCCAAUGGUCACUCUGACAGAGCUCCAGAGUUCCUCUGUGGAGAUGGGAGAACCUUACAGAAGGACAACCAUCUCUGCAGCACUCCACCAAACAGGCCUUUAUAGUAGAGUGGCCAGACGGAAGCCACUCCUCAGUAAAAGGCACAUGACAGCCCACAUGGAGUUUACCAAAAGGCACCUAAAGACUCUCAGACCAUGAGAAACAAGAUUCUCUGGUCUGAUGAAACCAAGAUUUAACGCUUUGGCCUGAAUGCCAAGCAUCACAUCUGGAGGAAACCUGGCACCAUCCAUACGGUGAAGCAUGGUGGUGGCAGCAUCAUUCUGUGGGGAUGUUUUUCAGCUGCAGGGACUGGGAGACUAGUCAGGAUCGAGGGAAAGAUGAACAAAGCAAAGUACAGAUAAAUCCUUGAUGAAAACCUGCUCCAGAGUGCUCAGGACCUCAGACUGGGGCAAAGGUUCACAAGACAACAACCCUAAGCACACAGCCAAGACAACGCAGGAGUGGCUUCGGGACAAGUCUCUGAAUGUCCUUGAGUGGCCCAGCCAGGGUCCGGACUUGAACCCGAUCGAACAUCUCUGGAGAGACCUGAAAAUAGCUGUGCAGUAACACUCCCCUUCCAACCUGACAGACCUUGAGAGGAUCUACAGAGAAGAAUGGGAGAAACUCCCCAAAUACAGGUGUGCCAAGCUUGUAGCGUCAUACCCAAGAAGACUCGAGUCUGUAAUCGCUGCCAAAGGUCCUUCAACAAAGUACUAAGUAAAGGGUCUGAAUACUUGUAUUUUUAUUAAAUUCUGAUUUUGCUUUGUAAUUAUGGGGUAUUGUGUGUAGAGUGAUGAGGGGGGAAAACAAUUUAAUCCAUUUUAAAAUAAGGCUGUAACGUAAGAAAAUGUGGAAAAAGUCAAGGGGUCUGAAUACUUUCCGAGUGCACGGUAUUUAGCAGGGUUAAGGGUUUGGAGGAAUAAGCUGUUCCAGGUCCUGUUGGUUCCAGACAUCGAUACCACUUGCCAUGCGGUAGCAGAGAGAAAAGUCUAUGACUUGGGUGGCUGGAGUCUUUGACAAUUUUUAGGGCCUUCCUCUGACACCGCCUGGUAUAGAGGUCCUGGAUGGCAGGGAGCUCAGCCCCAGUGAUGUACUGGGCCACACGUACUACCCUCUGUAGCACCUUGCAGUCGGAUGCCAAGCAGUUGCAUACCAAGCGGUGAUGCAGCCAGUCAAGAUGCUCUCAAUGGUGCAGCUGUGGAACUUUUUGAGGAUUUGAGGGCCCAAGCCAAAUCUUUUCAGCCUCCUGAGGGGGGAAGCGGCGUUGUGGUGCCUUCUUCAUGACUGUGUUGGUGUGUGUGUGGACCAUGUUAAUUCCUUAGUAAUGUGGACACCGAGGAACUUGAAGCUCUCGACCCAGUUAGAGGAACAGCAGUUAAAUAUAUUUAGUUAAUUGGUAACACUUUAUUUGAGAUAUAGUCUUUGUCAUAUCGUAAAACUGUCAUAAGAAUCAAAUAUAUCCUGCUUAAGAUGUAGAGACAGAUAAUGACUGACAAACUCCAAAUACUCUCAAUGUCAUGCAAUAUAUUAGUUUUUUCUUGCCAUUAGCUGUCAUCAGAUGGAAGGCCUAUCUGUUAUGAACAUGUUACGACAGUACUAGCAUGAAAUAUGAAUAUUAGAGCAAUAGCAUAAUAGCUAACAUGUCAUUGGGAAACCUAAGAAAUUCCAGCACACUGUGUUUGCAAGUAUCACUUGUUUAUUAUGCUAACGUUUCAUCCUUUAGCCUAUGUGCUAAAAUGCUCUCCUUGACGAAAUGUGCACUUGUUUCUUUUCAUUUGAAGUCUAACCCACCUGCAAAGAAAGCUCUAGAUGUCCCUUUAAACCCAUGCAUUCCCCAUGCCCUGAAGAACCUCACACAGGAGGUCCAUAUCUGAGUCAGACUGUCAGACCACCCGUAUGCUCGCCUAUGGAGUAGACUGUAUAGUGCGGUGCUCUGCGGCUGUAUCAGCCAGGCAGGUAAUUCUGUGUUUGACAGACAGCGGCGGCCUCUGUGAAUACCCAGGACCCAGCCGAGGCAGCGCUCUACACGUGGGCUGGGAAUAAAGUGCAUCCCUGUAGCUACACCACCGGCAAGCUCCCGGUUAUGAUACCCCGGCUUGGUGCCGCCAAUUAAUUCAACCCCGCUUUCCCGGAACACGCAUUCCCUGGGCCGAGGGGGAUGGGGGAGGGAUUUCCACAUCCCAGCUGCAACUGUAAUGAGGCUUGUUUUGUGUGGUUGUCUGUGUGUUUUAUAUAUUUAUAUCAGAAUCAGUCGGGAGCCGUUUCUUUUUAAUGACUUUACAAUGCCAGUGUCUGCAUGAAAUUAAUUACAUACAUUUUUAGCUGAGUAUAUUUAUUUAUGUGUUUAUUUAUUUAUGCGUUUUGUCCUGCCAAUUUAUUCAUGGUCCAGAUAAAAUGUUCAUAUUUUUGUGUGUUUUAGCUGUUUCAAAUGGGUUGUUAAAUAUGAAUGAAGGAUCUCCACUUUGAUACUGUUUGCGCCAAUGACACAGAAAUGAUUCGUUUUGUGUGUGGACCAGAGAUGGACAUUUUGAGAUUUCAUGUAUAGUGAUCUCAUGCCACUGUAGAUGCCUUGGUGUGUGUGUGCGUGUGUGUGUGUGUGUUUGUGUGUGUGCAUAGAUGCGUUUUCUUGCACACACACACAAUGCUUAAUUUUUUAUCAGUGGGGACUUACAAAUGAAAGCUUCUAACACAUUGCUGUUUAAACUAGGACACUGGAACAAUUAAUUGCCAUUGAGUUCUCCCCACCCAUUUACACUGUAAAACAGAAAUCAGCGAUUUAUUGAAGAAGUGCUUUUUCAUGAUUUUCUCAACCACCCACUGAGUUGGCACAAAACUCUUACCAAAGCCAAAGUUUUAAUUACAAGCGUUUUACUUGUACUCUCGUUUUCCCACACGUUGCCAGGUUUCUGAGGCAGUUUUCUCAUCUUAGCUCUCUUUUUUAGAUCGGCCUCCCAGAUUUCUCUGAGUCAAGGGUGUUGCAAAUCGACGUUCCUUCCUCGCCUUUUAUUUUAAGUAUCAUUACUAAAAUUGGGUUGCUAUGGCAAUGGUGAAGAGGGCGGUUCUGCACUUGCCAAAGAGACAAGUAAUUGGCACUCUCCCGUUGUUACCAUGGCAACAAUAACACCCCAUCCCUCUCUCCAUCCAUCUCUUCCAUCCAAGGUAAACCUGGACUUGGCUUCACUCUUGGACAGUGACGACAAGAAGCACAAAAACAAGAGAGGGGUCCUGCCCAAGCACGCCACCAACAUCAUGCGCUCCUGGCUCUUCCAACACCUCAUGGUGAGCUAGCAACAUUUCAGUGUUCACAUCAAUGUUAAUGUGUAGGAGUUAAUCAAAAGAGGGCCAUCGCGCUCUCACAAAAGUUUAUUUGGUGCGUAAAACCAUUGAAUCCAGAUAAGCAAAACAUUUGUUGGUUCCGCACUCAAAAAUAUGUCCCAUGAAGCUUACUUAAUUUUUCGAUGUAUUAUUUUAAAAAAUGUAAAUGUAAAAGUAAAGUAAGUUUUAUGUGACAUCUUUUUGAGUGCAGAACCAUCAAAUGUUUUGCUGAUGUGCUGGAGUUGGUAACAGAGCCAAUAUUAAUCUGUAGUCCAUGGGUUAAGCUAUGGAGGAAGCUAUUGAGAAAAGUCAAGCUAUGGAGGAAAAGCGGGGUGAAAGGUUUAGAGCUGAAAAUGUUAGGGUUAUAGCUGUGUAUGAAUGAGGGCCCAUCCAUAAACAGCCCCUAUAGCUUCUAUCCCGAAUGGCACUAGGGAUCUGAAUGAAUUGAGUAGGUAUAAGCAAUAUGGUAGUUCCACCCCCUCUGAUAGGCUAUGAGGAUUUUUUUUUAUCUAUACAAGAGAGUUGAGGGGUGAGAAGGGGUAAACAGGUAAGACUGAGAAGUCAGAGUGACGAUGGCAAGGGUUAGGGAUGAGAGGUGCGAGUGGAGGGUUUGAACUAUUAAUUCACAAAACUUCUAAUUGAAAUUGAUUAAACUUUACUGAUGGCAUACUAAAUAUCUUAUAUAUUUCCCUUUUGUAGCAUCCCUACCCAACAGAGGACGAGAAAAGACAGAUUGCAGGACAAACAAAUCUCACCUUAUUACAGGUCAACAACUGGUAAGAUUGUAAUACUACUACUGCAAAUGCAAUAUGACAUGAAAAUCAAAUGGCUAAAAGUAUGGAUGAAAUUAAUAUAAAUGUUGAAUGUUCUAAGUGAAUGUAGAUGAGUUCAAACUUCAGUGAUUUGCUCUACCACCAAAUGGUGAUUCACAACAUAUUGGCGCCAUCUACUGGUCUAAAAAUGCUCUCAGUAUCAUAGAGUACCGCUUACAGAGAAAAAAUGUCUGUCUAUGUUUGUCUUACACUGGUCUCUUUGUCUUUUAAUUUGUCUAUUUUCCUUCUCUCUCUCUCUCUCUCUCUCUCUCUCUCUCUCUCUCUCUCUCUCUCUCUCUCUCUCUCUCUCUCUCUCUCUCUCUCUCUCUCUCUCUCUCUCUCUCUCUCUCUCUCUCUCUCUCUCUCUCUCUCAUACAAUCUCUAGGUUUAUCAACGCUCGCAGGCGCAUCCUCCAGCCCAUGUUGGAUGCCAGUAACCCAGAUCCAGCUCCCAAGGCUAAGAAGAUGAAGUCCCAACACCGUCCAACCCAGCGCUUCUGGCCAGACUCCAUCGUGGCUGGAGUCUUGCAGACACAUGGACCUCACUCUAACAAUGCUGACAGUACGUCACUAAACCAUUCAAACGUUCUGUCCAUGUCUGUUUGUCUGUUUCAACACUCUAGAUUGAGUCAACAUUGUUCCCUCGUUAUUUCAAAAUAAUUAUUUUGCAUCAAUGUGCAUAGUUAGUGUGCACAUACACACUCAAUAGUCAUGGAUUUUUUAAGCAAUGGAUCAGGGCCUGGUUGUCUGGACCUAUGGCAGUCUCUAUGGGGGUGCCACAGGGUUCAAUUCUUGGGCCGACUCUUUUCUCCGUGUAUAUCAAUGAUGUCGCUCUUGCUGCUGGUGACUCUCAGAUCCACCUCUACGCAGACGACACCAUUUUGUAUACAUCUGGCCCUUCAUUGGACACUGUGUUAACAAACCUCAAAACGAGCUUCAAUGCCAUACAACACUCCUUCAGUAGCCUCCAACUGCUCUUAAACACUAGUAAAACUAAAUGCAUGCUCUUCAAUCGAACGCUGCUGGCACCCGCCCACCCGACUAGAAUCACUACUCUCGACGGGUCUGACCUAGAGUAUGUGGACAACCACAAAUACCUAGGUGUCUGGUUAGACAGUAAACUCUCCUUCCAGACUCACAUUAAGAAUCUCCAAUCCAAAGUUAAAUCUAGAAUCGGCUUCCUAUUUCGCAACAAAGCCUCCUUCACUCAUGCUGCCAAACAUGCCCUCGUAAAACUCACUAUCCUACCGAUCCUUGACUUCAGCGAUGUCAUUUACAAAAUAGCCUCCAACACUCUACUCAGCAAAUUGGAUGUAGUCUAUCACAGUGCCAUCAGUUUUGUCACCAAAGCCCCAUAUACUACCCACCACUGUGACCUGUACGCUCUUGUUGGCUGGUCCUCACUACAUAUUCAUCGCCAAACCCACUGGCUCCAGGCCGUCUAUAAAUCACUGCUAGGCAAAUCCCCGCCUUAUCUUAGCUCAUUGGUCACCAUAGCAACACCCACCCGUAGUAUGCGCUCCAGCAGGUAUAUCUCACUGGUCACCCCCAAAGCCAACACCUCCUUUGGCCGCCAUUCCUUCCAGUUCUCUGCUGCCAAUGACUGGAACGAAUUGCAAAAAUCUCUGAAGCUGGAACCUCUUUUCUCCCUCACUAACUUUAAGCAUCAGUUGUCAGAGCACCUUACCGAUCACUGCACCUGUACACAGCCAUUCUGAAAUUAGCCCACCCAACUACCUCAUCCCUAUAUUGUUAUAUAUUUUGCUCAUUUGCACCCCAGUAUCUCUAUUUGCACAUCAUCUCUUGCACAUCUAUCAUUCCAGUGUUAAUACUAAUUGUAAUUAUUUUGCACUAUAGCCUAUUUAUUGCCUGACCUCCAUAACUUGCUACAUUUGCACACACUGUAUAUAUAUUUUCUGUUGUAUUUUUGACUUUAUGUUUUGUUUUACCCCAUAUGUAACUCUGUGUUGUUGUUUUUAUCGCACUGCUUUGCUUUAUCUUGGCCAGGUCGCAGUUGUAAAUGAGAACUUGUUCUCAACUGGCUUACCUGGUUAAAUAAAGGUUAAAUAAAAAAUAAAUAAAAAAAGAAAGUGAAAUACAGUGAAUAUUGGCAUGGGCUAUAUGGAUUCCACUACAUUAGACCAGUCCAUUCUUUUUAACCCAUGAGGGGGAGUGAAUGAGUGCACACUUCAAUGAGAAGGGUAGAGAAUUGGAGGCAGUUAUAGUGUGUUAACCCUGCGUUGCCUGCUUCUCCUCCUUCUCAUACAGACCCCCUAGGCUUUGACAGCCUCCAGCCCCUGUCCUCUGUCUCAGCCACCCUGUCCAUGCAGCAAGCCAUGCUGGGGGGAACCGAUGACUCCAUGGAUGGCACAGAGGAAGAGGAAGAGGAGGAAGAAGAGGAAGGGAUGGAAGAGGAGGAGGAAGAGGAGGACGAGGAGGAGGAAGAGAGCGAGGGAGGAAGGAGAGAUCUGGGCAUGGAGCAUAGAGAGGGACUAGAGUAA